UAGCACGAUUAUUUAAACUAAUGUUUUGAAUUAAUUGUUUAAUAUUUUUGAGUAGGUAUUUAUUCAUAUUUUCUAAAAAUUGUGCCGAACUCCAGUGUAAUUCGUGUCGUUAAUAAAAUUAGUUGUUUUUUUUUUUUUUAUAAGACACUACCUACCCAUUUAAUUUAAUUUCUAAAAAUUGUAUUUUUGGUUUGAUAAAUCUUAAGGUAAAUUGAAUAUUAUCAUCAUUAAUAAUGUUUACUUUUGAACGUGAUUCGGACAUUUUCGUGCGGUCGCAAUCCACAUUGACAGUACGUGAAUCUGUAGUGCGACCAUUAUCAACAUUAACGAUCGGCGGCGUUAAAAUUGACAUGCCAGUUAAACCUUAUCCUUCUCAAAUCGCCAUGAUGGAUAAGGUACUUAGAUGUUUUUAACUUUUAUUAAGAAUCGGUACCUAAAUCAAUUUUUUUUUGUAAUAAUUAUUGUUUUUAUUUUAGGUUAUUCGUGGCUGCCAAAGAAGACAAAAUUGCCUUUUAGAAAGUCCCACGGGAUCUGGAAAGACAUUGGCGUUACUGUGUUCUGCGUUGUCAUGGCAGAGAGUAGAAAAAGGUUAGUGCAACUACUGCAAUUUUGUUUUCUGAAUAAUAUUAUAAUUGUGCAUACUUCACAGUAGGUACAGUAACGUAUUUAAAACACUUGUGUAGAACACAAUGCAUUAUGUUGUGAUUUUAUGAUAGACAUGAUGAACAAAUAUUAUUAAUUUCAUUAAAUAAUAAUAAUUAUACCUAGUAUAUUGUAUUCUUCAUUGAUACUUAAAUACAUUAGUUACUUGUUGCAUAGUAUAGUUGUGGGUUUGAAAUUAUUUCGUUACUAUUCAUAAAACUUAAGCCCGGACGUUAUUAAGUGUAUUCAACUAUAUACUGGUUGAUAUAUUGUACAAAAUGUAUACUAAAAAAAUGUUGUUUAAAAGUUAUUAACCAAUAUUAUUAUACUAUUGUACUGUCAUUCAACUUGAUUGAAAAUGGCUCUAAUAAGAAUGGAUACUAAUAUACAUUUUUUAAUGUAAAGGACAAAGACACUAGUGAAUGCCACCUUACUAAUGAAUCCCACUGGUAUAUUAUAAUAUAAACAAUAAUUUAAAAUAAUCAUAUAUUUUGAGCUUUGUUAUUACUAGACCUAACCAUUUAAGCAAUAAUAACACACAUCAAACAUAAAACUACUUAAAAUUUGCUUGCUAUAUGCAAACUAUUUGUUGUAUAUAUUAGUAUAUUUUUUCUAAUAAAUAUAAAUUGAUUGAUGUGAACAAUUUAAAAUUUUUAAUUUAACUUCAAUUUGUAAGUAUUUGCAGUUUUAAUUUGAAUUUGUAGAUAUAAAAAAGUAAUCAUUUAUAUGAGAUCAGAUAUACAACUGUAGCUUUAUUUUAGAAUGUUUUAUUUUGCUUAAAUUGCCGACAUACACUGGUAUCAUUAUAUAAACUUACUAAUACAGUUAUUUUAGAAGGUAUGAAAAGUGUUUAUAUUUUUACUUUCUUCAUUUAGAAAAUAUAUGUUUCAAUAUUGUCUUUGGUAUUUAAAUUUCUAAAUUUAUUUAAAUAGGUACACAUUUAUUCACAUUUGUUAAACAAUAAUGGUUAUUAUUCUGCAAUAAAAAACACUGCAUUCUUAUUUAUAAUUUUUAAUUAAUACUAAGUGUUCUUCUCUUAGACACAUAAAAAUCUAAAUUUUAAAAUAUGGUUGCUUUUCUUGUGUGCUGUUGCUUUGUUAUUUGAUUUUCAAAGUUCAAAUUUUAUCAGUUUAAUUUUUAUGUUAGCAAUUUUUUUGAAUUUAGGGCGACAGAUCAAUUUUAAAAGAUAAAUACACAAAUAAUAUAACAUAUAUAAAUAAAACAUAAUAUUGAAUUAGUCAAAAAGUCAGAUAAUUAAAGUCGAUAAAUAAAUAAUAAAAUUAAAAACUAUUAACUAAAUAAUAAUGUUUCUGUAAAAUAGAAUCAGAAUACUACCAUAGUACCUUUACCUGUAGUCAGAGGUGACAAAUAUGGUCGCAACCGAGGAACACAACUGAUGUAAUAUUCGGUCAAACAAUAUGAGGAGUUCUGAAUAAGACUUUAGCUUACUGUCCUAUCCAAGGAUGGAAUAAAGUGUAGAGUAAUGUUUUGUGUUUCACAUGACAAGGGAACUCCAAUGAGACUUGAGUUAACAUAUACAGAAGUGUGAUGAGACCAACUAUAUUGUAUGAUUCGAAGUGUUGGGUGGUAGACAGAAAAAUAGAAUAUAGAAUAAGUGUAUCAGAGAUGACAAUGCUUAGAUGAACAAGUAGAGUGAAAAGAGAAAAAAUAAUAAUGGAUGAGAAUAUAAAAGAUAGUUCAGGCGUAGCUUCAGUAGUAGACAAAAUGAGAAAAUAGAACUAGAUGGUUUAAGUAUGUCAUGGGGAGAGAGGAAUUUGAAACAUUGGGCAUUAUAUUGAUAAUAAAUACAGUAGGUAAUAAGUGAAGAGGAAGAUUGAAAAAUAGAUGGUUGAAUACAAUUGACAAUGAUAAUAUACUGACAGCGAUGUAUGCAAGGUGGGAUAUCUGGCCAAUUAGAAAUUUAGAAUGAGAGUGGCCAACCUAAAAUAUUUGGGUUAAAGGGGAAGGAGAAGAAGGUAAACUAAAUAAUAAUAAUAUGGUAGCAAAGUAUAUAUGGUAUUUUUAUAUUGCAUGACUCCAUUACUCUGUUAUUUCUAUAUGCCUUGUUAUUUGUAGAUUUUAAGUCUCUUAUCUCGGAUUUGGUUGAGCAGAUGUUCAAAUUAGAAAGUGUGUCAAUGUGUACCUCUUCACAAUUACAAUUUGUAUAUUCUUUCACAUCCAUUUUAUUGUUAUCUCCCGGAGGUAAUUUAUACUGAUUUUUUGCUUGCUAUAUUCCUCCCAUAAUUUUGCCUUUUAUCUAAAAUCUGAUUCAUCUGUUCAAUUUUAUUAGUUAUUUGACAUAUGUAAGUAUAGUGGCACUAUUUCUGGUAGAAGAUAAAAUUUCGCCACUGGCAUUGGCUUUAAACAGCGGUUGGAUUAGAUUUUAGUAUCAAAUUUUUGUAGUAUGUUGCCAUGAUUUUAAGCGAAGACAUUAGUUUAUCUUUUACUUCUUUUAAAUUUUUAUCCGGAAUCACUAUUACUGUAUUGUCAUCAUAAAUUAAAUGUCUGAUAUCUGGCAUGAUUUGUUGGUCAUUUAUAUACAUAUUAAAAAGGAUUGGGGGACCAAAAAACUUUUGUGGCAGUUAGUUAUUUUGCGAUCUACAUUCCCAUUUCUAGUUUCCCAUAAAAUCUUCUAUGCUAUAGUAGCAUAGAACAUUUCAGUGAAUGUAUACAAGUAUUCUGUUAACUGUGGAGAAAGGCCCAAGAUAUAUUCUUUUGUGCAGCCCUUUGGGAUAUAUUUUCUUGACGUUCUUUUAGUUAUGUUUAGCAAAAAAGUUAUGUUUUUAUGUAAAGUGUCAUAAUUUCCCAUAAUUGGGAAGGGGCUUGCAAUCUCAGAGUCUUGUUCUUUUCUAAAAUCAUUUCAUCUGGCUUAUUUAAAGUUAAACUUAUUUUUCAUUGGCACUAUAGUGGGCUGAAUAGUAGCAUUUAUUGAACAUAAAAUUGGACGAUGUUGGUUUUAAUACUGAUUUGACAUAUUGCUGUCUUAUAUUUUUACUGACAAGAUUUAGGUCUGAAUUUUAUCUGCCUUUUCAUCUUGCGUAGUUAAAAUAUGAUGGCAACUUGGAGUUGUUUGAUAGUUUCCAUCAUCAUUUGUAUUUUCAUAUUUUCAUUCUGUGUAAUGGCUGUUGAAGUCGAGAUUUAUUAUUUUUAAUGUUGAACUAUUAAAGCCAUUAGUACUACAGAAAAAAAAUGGGACACAUGGUAGUUUGUUUAUUAAUGUGAUUGUAAAAUUUGUUAUCUCUUUCAUUUGGAUUUAUAUGUCAUCAGCAUAUUUUGUUACAUCUAACGACUUAAUAUAGAGCUUAGUAAAUUUAUUAUUUACAUAACUAUCAUGUAGCAUUUCAGUCUUCAAUUUCAUUCCAUGAAGUUUUGGACAAUUUCAAUUUUUACCUCUAUAUGUUUCCUGAUAUAUAUAAUAUUACAUAGGUAGUGUUUUAUUUUUCAUAUGUUUGUUAGAUGUACUUCUUUGUCAUUAGUCAAAUUUUUGAUAUUUAUUGAGGUUAUCAAUAAUGGCUAGCCCUAAUAAAGGACCUAUUUGUUACCUUUGAAAAACGUUUGAUCAUGUUUGGUUUGUAAGACCAUGUGCCCUGAGGUAGAAAGAUUAGUCAUUUAAUGAUGUUAUCAAAUCUAUAAUCAAAUUUAUGUUAGGUAAAUUGUUGCAUCGUUGGAGUGUACCACACAGAGAUUCUUUCCAUACACUCCAUCUAAACGAUAUUAAGAAUUUUAUGAUUUAUCAUAAAUUUCCCAUAGGUAAAUAUUAAAAUAAUGAAUAGGAAUGGCCUAUUAUCAAGUAUAGCACGUUUUCUGAAAGGAAAUGUUCCUUGGGUGGUACUUUAGAGAGCUCAUUUUUUGAAAUUCUCAUUAAUAUUCGAGAUAAUGAGGAAAACCUGGUUCUUAAAGUUAAAAAAGAUUGAAAGAUUAAAAAUAAGGCUAUUAUUGGCUACCGUUUUUUAUUAUUCAUUUAUUUUUAUUGUUGAGUUUUUAUUAUUUUAAAUCUUUUUUAAACAAUCAUUGUUGUCAUAGAAACUCAUAUUGUUGUAAUUAUUUAACCAUAAUAUGAUAUUUAUAUAUAAUUGUAGACAAAGCAACACUAUCAACUGAACUUCGCUUAGAAUCGUUUUUCGUUAACUAUGGUUUAUCAUUGCUUACAGAUAUACAUUGAAUUCCCGUCUAAAUCCUAUCUUCCCAACUUCCUACCUACAAUAGCUGCUGCACCCACGUGCGUAGUAUGUCCGUCCUUUUUAAAAAAAAAUAUAUUGUUUUUCCCUCAUAUAUAUGACAAUAUAACAAUAAUAACUACUUGAACAUUCUUACAAAAAAACAAUAUUAUGAUCGUAUAACAUAAUAUUAUUAUGUGUUUCUGGGCCAACUGAGGAAUGUAUUAUUAUUACUAUGAUGUAUUUAUUUCCGGUCUAAAAAUGUUUUUGGUGAGAAAUAUUACUCCAAUCAGACACUUCAGGGGAAGUUCCUGGUAGUGAAUUUGGUUUAAUAAGUGCAUUGAGAAAAUAAUUUUUUGAUUUUCCUAGUUCUCUUCUUAAUAAUAACGAAAACCGGAAAUAUUUAUUAAACAAUGGCUUUUGUUAAAAUUAAUUUUGACAUUUUGUUGCAAUUUAGUGUAAAAAUAUUGUAGACACUGUAAAGACUUAAAUUUCCACUGAAUACUUAGAUUUAUUUAUUUUUUUUUGUUUAUACGUAUAUUUUGAAUAAUCGUUUUUUUGGAGUUAUUCAAAGUAAUUAAUUUUUUUAAAUUGUUUAGGUUUUUUUUUAUGUUUGGAUCAUAUUUGUUUAAUGCUCGAAAAACAAAUAAGUUUCCUGAUAAGUUGUUCUUACUGUAAAAUAAAAAUAUAAAUCUGUGGAAAUGAUUAAAAAUAAAAAUAAAUAAAUAGUAAAUUAUUUUGUAUAAGUGUUUAACCAAACUCCAUCAAUUUCUUUUCGUUUUUAAUGAUUUGUUGCUGGAUAUCUAUAUAGUUAAUCAAAACAAUUACCUUAUAUUUUCUACGUUCCCACCUACACCAGUGGUUUAACCAUGGUGCGAAGUAUGUUCAGUUUGUGUUUCUCAUAGAACGCGAUUUGAAGGAAAUUGUUAUCAAUAAUAAAACUACUAUCAAUUUUGGUAGGCAACUCAAUAUACACGUUUGGUUUUAAACUGAUUGUUGAAUUACCAGGAGUAAAGUGAUACUAAUUACUAAACAAUAAUUACUUAGCAAUAGUCAAUACUAAUGUUCGUAUAGUUAAUCGUUUAAAUUAUGUUUACAGAGUGAUCUAUUAAUCUUGAGCACCGAUUUUCUUGAAGGAUAUUAGGUAAAUUUGAUUUCUGUUCUUUUUUUUCAAGUAUUAUGGAAUCCAUUUUAAAUGUUUACCAUUCACCUUAAAUGAGUAUACACUUUGGAUUUUCAAACAGAAAAUGCCUUUUUAAACGGUAAUUAUCAUAGAAAAUAUUAUUUGUCUAAAACAAUUUAAUAUACAUUUAACAUUCCAAUAUCGAGUUUACCGUUUCUGAAUUAUAACAGUUUAAAGUUAGACCGGAGAAAUAGGGGACAGUUUAUCAUCUAAUAAAAAUGAAUAUGCCUUCCUCCUCUAGUAAGUAGGUACUUAAUAAGUAUUAAUUAUUUUUAAUUGCUUAUAUUUUAGUUCUAUAAUCAAUCGCCUAUUGAAUCAAAAUUGAAUUUUCUCGAAAUCUUCUUAUUCACGAUUUACUGAUAAAACACAAGAUAAAAAUAAAUACGAUCGCUCUGUAUAAUGUGUAUAGUACACUCCGAAACUGCUUUUUUCCUUACAUACUUUUGAUAUUUUGUUUAUGUUUAAUCCUCCCAAAUUAUAUAAAAUGUUUACUUAUUAUAGAAGUUGACAUAUUUACGAAUACAAAUACAUAAAAGUUCCUAUACAUUCACCAUUAUUAAAUGUACAAAGAAUUAUAUUAUAUUUUUUUUCUUUUUACUAAAAGUGAAGAAAAUUAUUCUACGGUUUUAGUAGAGACAUUUACGUUUUUUCUCAUAAUUAUUUAUAAUAACCUACUUUUUAAAUCGUCUAUGUACAUAAACACAAAAGAUGUUUCAUUAUUUUUUCUUCGAGUAUGAACCCUGGGGGAUAUCUCCUCAGCAUUUUAUUCUGAAUAGUAUACUAUUUUAUUAUUAUUAGUCUGUCAUCUUAUAUUAAUUAUUGAAAAAACGGCGAAUAGUGAAUAUUCGAUAUAAAUGGAUUGAAAAUGUACAAAUCUACAAAUGAAUGGUAAAUAUUUUUAAAAUAAAAACCAAGUUCUCAAGAGGUAUAAGAGAAACGUACCAUCUUAUGUGUAAAAAGCCUGAUCCCAGUUGUCUGUCGCUUCUUCUCUUAUGUUGAAAAAGUACAUUUUGAUUUUUAGGAGUUCAAAAAACAAAAUUUAAAGAGGACCAUAUUCUCACUUAGUUUUUUUUUUAAAAAAAAUUAUACCGAAAAGUUAUAGCCAUGUUGGUUUUUGCAUUUGUUGGUUUUUGUUUAUGUUUUUAAGUGUAACACCUUUUCUAAAAAGAAAUCAGUGUGGGGAGGUACUUUAAGGAGGUCAUUUUUCGAUUUUUUAAGAAUUUUCUCAUCAAAUUAAAAAAAUAAAAAACUGAGGAAAAACUGGAAAUUGUACGAAAUAUAUUUGUAUAAUAUAACGAUUUUUUUUUUCUGUGGACAAUUUCUCUACCAGCAAUUUUACUGCAACUGUUUCUAAAAGAAAAUUUUACUAGGAAGGUACUUUAGACAAGUCAUUUUUCGAUUUUUCUAAGAGUUUUCUCUAAUUGACGAAGUACCACUAUCAACUGAACUCCGCUUAGAAUCGCUUUUCAUAAUCAAUGGUUUAUCGUUGUUUACAGGUAUACAUUAAAUCAUCUUUUACGAUGGCUGUACUCUUCCCCAUUAUCCUAGGACGUUUUUUUUAUUUCGUUAUUUUUUAUUAAAUUCUAAUUUCAAUUUAAACGCUACAAUUUAUGUUUUAAGUAACGUAAUUUUGUUAUGUCUUUAAUAUGACAAAAAUAACACAUUCGGGCUUGACUGAAAAAUUGUCAAUGUCUUACGUAUUUAUAAUUUAUUCUUUAGAAUAAUGCGUACAACUACAGUGCAUUUUUGUUUCAUUGUAUACCCAGUUUCCUAUAUUGUAAAUGCUUACUAAGAGUCGUUGCAAUCAACUUUUAUUAAAUGAGUAUAAUUGACGUAGGUACCUACAAUAAAUUAUUUUAAGUAGAUCUUUAAAUGUUUAAUAUCAUUUAAAUUUCAAUUAGUUCGCAAUUUUCUAUACUCAAUAAUGUUUGUUUCAAUUUUAAUAAUGAAAUAAAACGAUUAGUUUUAUUAAUUUUGGUGUAUAAACGUUUUUGCUAUAAUAAGAUUUGUAGCAUUUUAAUUUAGCACUACCUAUCCUCUUCAAACAUUUUAAUGACCUUUAUGAUGGAUGCACAACUAUAAUAAUUGAUAAUAAUUAAUUUAAUUGAGUUAUUUUUAUUAAAAUUUUUAAAACUUAUUUGAAAAAAAUAUUGAAUUUAAAUUCUCGGAAAAAAAAUGUAAAUAAUACUACAAAAUUAUUAUUAAGUACCUAACUUUACUACUAAGAAAUUGACUUGUAUUAUGACGACUACUUUUCCAGAUCGCAGAUGUGUAAGCCGAUUUACAAUUUUAUAAAAAUCAUAUGAUUAUUUAAUUUUGGAUACCUAUAAUUGGUUAGGUAAAACUUAACGUUUUUGAAAUAAAUAUCAAUUAUUCACAAAUAAUGCAUAGUUUGUAUAGACUAUUCAUAUUGUAUUGCUUAUUUUACUUUUUUAAUAUAGGCUGGGUUAUACGGUAUAUGGUUUUUGUUUAAUAUUAACAAUAAAAAAAUAAUUACCACCCGUUUAAAGGUAUGUAUAUAUAUAUUAUUUGAAGGUAUUGAUUUUUCGUAAAUUAUUUAUUUUUGUAUUUUAUGUUAAUUCAAUUUUUUUUUAAUUUUUACAAUAUUCAUAUUCAAAGCUCGGGAUUUAUAGCAAUUAAAAUCUAUAAAAAAGCGCUUGAAACGUCCUUGGAAAAAGCACUUCAAAAAUAUUUAAAAAAAACCAAAGACGGUUGAGAGGUAUUACAAGUUCCCCUCCCUUGUAUAGAGGACCUUUACAUAUAAAAUAGCAUUUUUUUUUAUAGUGCAAGUCAAUUUUAAUUAGUAAGUUAGAGCUGUUAGACUAGAGGUAUUUUAAAUUUCAUUACCAUAGAUUUUUUGUGGGUUUUAAGUUUUUUUUAUAUUUUGUUGUUUUAUUAGUUUCAUAAUUGUAAAGGAAUUUUGUUUAGGUUCAACUUAUUAUAUUAUUAUGUUUGAUACUCCAUAAAGAAAUGUAUAGGUGUAUAAUUCGAUAUAUUCAUUGAUUUACAUGCAAAUUGAUAUUUAAUAGUUUUAUUAAAACCCCUUUUAUUCAUUUCGGUUAUUCCGGGCUAUACAUUAUAUAGGGGUUGUCCUGCGAUACUGUACUUUAUAUAAUUCGAUACGAGAAAGAAAGGGAAAAUAAUAAUAUUAUCUCCCUUUCAUCGUGACCCUGUUGCAGUCUAAAAAACCUACUCUUCAAAAACGGUUAAUAUUUGUAUAGCGAAUAAAAUGUAUGUUGUUCGGCCGUUAUUGUUAGGCACGUAAGGAAUAUAAGAUUAUAUAUUGGCCCCUACGUAGAAAUUUUCAGAAAAUCAGAACCACAGACACAUUAAAAUAUCGCGUAGUUAAGUAGCAUGACAAUAAAUUUGAAAAUAAAAUAAAAAUAUUUUUCGUUUCGUUUUUCCCGAAAAAAGAUACUGAUGCCAUUGUAUUUGUUUUAUAAUGCAAGACUUUACACGAAUCUUGAGACACGCUGUGUGUAUAAUUAUUUAUAUUUUUACACUAACUUUGAACACUUAACGACUCUUUCUGACCCAAAUAAGCUGAAACUCAAGAAUUAGAAUUCUUUUAUUGGUGGUUUGAAAUGAAAUUUUGUACAUCCCUAUAGACCUUCCACCUUGAAUGAAGUCUGGUUGAUGCAAUUUUGUGCAAGCAUGGUAUAUGCCAUGGGAUGAAUAUUUUAGUUCUCAACUUUCAACCACCUCUGUAACCAUUUCCGUGGUCGAAUUUCACCAUUUUUUUGGUUUUUUUUAUUUUAAGAGUAUUGUAAUUUAUUAUUUUGCAGAGUUCUUUUAUACAAAAAAGGUGGGGGUAUAUUGGACUAUUGUGACAGAGUUCUGCUGUUACGGGUGUUUUUUUUUUUUUUCUAAAUUGUUGCUUGUUUUUUUUUAAACUUAAACUGUUUAUUGACAUUAUAUAAACAUAUAAAUUAAUAAUAUACUCGUAAUAGGUAUGGUGUAUUAUGUGUAUCUUCGAGGUAAAGUAAUUUAAUACGUUUUUACAUUAUACUCGCGCGUAAAUAAAUAACACAUUUUUUUUAAAAAACAUAUUUAAUUGUAGCAUUGUGCGUUUAAACAGUGUAUUUGAUUUUAAAGAAGUUAUGAUGUUAUUUAAAAUGUUUUUGGUCAAUACUUCGUAUUAGGGGUUAAAUUUAUAACAACUGUUUCCGAAUCGAUACGUUACUGUAUUUAAUGGCUGACAAUAAGUUACGUAAUUGUACAUUAUUCGAAUGAAUAUUACGAUACGCAUUUAAUGAAUCGUCAAUUUAUUUCCGAAAAUAAACAAAUACUUUUAUAGUUUUUCGUGAAAUUUGGAUUGAACAGUAUUUUUUAUGAGGCUCAACCGAACGUUUUCUUACACGCUAUACGAUUACAACAUAUUUCACAUUAUUAUUCAUUUUUUUUUCGCAACACACUCGGUUUUUUAAUUUGUAUACUGUCCGUUGAAUUAUAAAUAAAUUAAUGCCAUACAAUGCGUGUAUAGUUAGGUAAUAAAAUAAAUAUCAAUUUUAUAAUUAUCAGAACAAAUAAUUUCGUUACUAUAUCGAAUCGAUCGGAAAAAGCACGGUUAAUAGUUACAAAACCGAAAAUAGCAGAAACCUUUAUCGCGUAAAUAUUUCCGUUUUUCCCAGUUAUUAAGAAGACUACAAGGGAUAUCAAAAAUUGACUUCCACGACGCACCGAACGGAUAAGUAAUCAGUAACCGCUCCCGAAGUUGAUGAUUGGACCAAUAUUUAUGGUUGAAAAAUUGUUUACAGAAUACGAAAACGCAUAUCAUAGUUAAACUAAUAUAUUACUCACUAUUCGCUGAAAAUCUAAAAAAAAAAAAAUGAAAAACUACGUAGUUAAUGAUUAAGUAUACGUAUUUUCGAAAAACUGUCGGGGAACAUCGAAUGGUGUAUUUAUACAAAUUAAAUUUAUAUAUAACCAUACCUAUUGGGAAAUUUUAAUUUAAUUUGAAAAAAUACUCCGUAAUCUGCAGUGUAGGCAACCACAACACUAAUCGGUAGCAUAAUUUAAUUUUCGCCCCGUGUGAUUUAUUAGAAUUUUUUUAUUUUUUUCAUUCCAAACCUGAUGACGUUUUAAAAAUUAACUAUUCGAAUACGCAUUUUUUUGUUUUUAAAAAUGUCUUCUAAUGGUCAAAAUUUUACUAGCUGACGAGCAGACAAGCCGAGAAGACAACUAACAUAUUUUGUAGACAACUCGCGAAUUUAUAAAAUAAAACCAGCCUUCUCUAAUAGUUAUAGACCAUUAUUCUUAAUUCUAUAUUUUCGAUAUUUUUCAAUUAAUUCAUUAGUUAACUUGCUGUGGGUUUUUCGUGUUCCACUCUAAGUUUACGGUAGAACUAUAGACUUACAUUUUUACUUCGUUAAACUAAAAGAGUUUUUUUUAUUUUUGUCAAAUUUUUGAAAUGCGAUUUUCGCACAAUUUUAAAUUUCUUUACCAGUAGUUUUUUUUUAUAUCGUAUUAUGUAUUUAUUUUUUUUAAACUUAUGAUACAUUUUUAUUCAUCAUUAGUCGUUGUGUUUCGCACAGUCUUCUAUUUGAUGUGUGUGUGUGUGUGUUACAUAAUAAUAUAUAGACUACGCAUUGGUAUACCGAAAUCGAAAUUCGCUUUUACCCAAAACAUAACAUCUUUUAUUCCGUCAUUCAUAACAAAAUAUACAAUAUAAUAUUGUAUACGAUAUUAUGGUUGGUACCUAAAAUUCAAUUGGGGGAAAAAAAAAAAAAAAAAAAAACGAACACGAUUUAUAUCUGUUUCGCAAUGUAUUUUAUCAAUCGGCAUCUGUUUAAAUCCAAAUCCAAAGCGGGCGGCCGCGGAGGAGAAGAAAAAACGCCGAAGAAUACAAAUAAUAAUAAUAAUAAUAAAAGAUAAUGAUAUAGUAUUGUGUGCGUGGACAGAAAACGUUUUUAAUUUACUAGAAAAACAUAUCAAUACUGGUCGCUAUUUGUGUGUACGCACACACACGCACACCAAAAGAGGGACCCGCAGCACACAACCCGUCUCUAAGUGGCACUUAGACAGAAGGAAAAAAAAAAACGUAUUAUUGUUAUUCCGGUUUCCGAUCUUAUAUUUAUUAUUAUUGUAUUUGAUAAAGAUCUCGGGCGAAACGACAAAUGUAUAAAAUAGGACCGAGGAUGAUCUCUCUCUGCGCGCUCUGUGUGGUUCGCUUUACCGCUGUCGGUGUGUACGCGCACAAUGUACUGCAAACGAGAUUACUUCAUCUGCUAGAACACUUGACAGGUUGAAUGGGAUGAGAUUUGUCGGGUAGUAUACAUAUUUUUUUUUUUAUAGUUUUUAUUUAUUUUUAUUUUUUUUAUCAUUGAAUAGCCCUCGGCUGCCUGUUACGCCGCGGCCGUAUGCGCCAAAGACACAUACAUACACACACACGCAGACGUACACGAAUUCAGUCGGCAUUUUAUUUUUUAUUCCUUUUUUUUUAUUAUUAUUAUUUUAUUUUUAUCUUUGAAUUUUACUACUAGAAACUUGUAUACAUAUAUAUAUAUAUUUUUUUUUUGUUGUGCGUUCAAACUCUUUGCAAUUGUUGUUUUUUUGUUCAGCGUUUACAAAAAAAAAAAAAAAAAAAAAAAGAAGACUUAUUUCGUAUCAAUAACGGAGUACGCUUCUUAUGAAAAUUGUAAGGACAGCGGAUUAAUCGUCGGAAUAAAUACCAGCUAGUAUUCAAUACGAAUUGCAACAUCGUAAUGCUUAUGCGGACAACACUUUGAUAGAUUUGCGUAUUUCGUAGAUUCCGAGUAUAACGUGUAGUAGCUAUUGGUUUUUUCACGAUGUUUAUCUUUUUUUUUUCCUCGGAAAUCACUAUUACGGUUAGGUAGUGAAAAUAUUCCGAUUUGUUCGUAUGAUAACUUCCUCAAAGAUUCAGAUUUUUCGACUGACAGCACUUAAUUUAACGUUUUUUCUCGAAAUUCCCAACACUUUUUCCAAAAUCUUUUUUUGGUCUUAAUUUGACUACGAUAAUGGUCCAAUUUCUUUCACGCAGUAUCUCAAAUUUCUGCCCGGUUGUAUUUAUCGACAUUUUUCGCAGUUCACACGCUAUAAUAGGUAAGAGGUAAUUUUUGGGAUUUUUCGGUUAACCUUGGCAGCAAGGUAACACCCAUGAUUAUUGCUAAAAAAUAUAUUAUGUACCCCGCGCAGAAUGGUUUUUUCGUUAUGAUUAAUUUAUAUCGUUGCAUACAUUAUACAAACUGCGCUUUACCCUGUGCAUCUUAUCUAAACAACUAUCCACCUAUAACAGUGGCUUAUCCGUGAGUAGUAUCAAUUAUAUACAGAGGUAGCCAAAAGUCGCGCAACAAAUUUGCAACACAGUUUUUAUAAAACUAUUGUGUUUUAUGUUAAAUAUGUUGUUUUUUUAUAAACCUUGCUGUUGUUGUACGUAAACAAGAUAACGAGACCAAAGUUGCAAUAUGACGUAACGGAAACGACGUGGAGGGAGAAACUGCGCCGUAACGCGUGUUACAUACAAGACGGUAGGCGUUGCGCGACUUUGGGCCACCUCUGUAUAUAUAUAUAUACUUUUCUUUUUGAGCUUGCAGCGUGUCAGAAAAACCACAUUUAAAAUUUCUCUUAGAAAAAAAAUAUCCUUUGUUUUAUUAUCGUUUGUCUUUCGUACGAAACACAGUUGAAUUGGUUUAAUUUAAAUCGUGUUGUUGGUUUUGGUCUCGCGUUUAAACAAUUUUUAAACGGUCUUAAAAAUUAAUUUCGUACCUCGGAGUAACAUAAGGCAUUUUGAUGCGCUGCUUUGUAUUGAGUUUGUUUUAUUUUGCUUUUCAGAAUGUUGAUAAUGGAAGGGUCUUUUCGAGUUGUACAUUAUAUUAUACAAGUUCAUCUAUGUAGGUAUAUAAAUCCGGGGGAAAAAAAAACAUAAUGCAUUUCGUUUUAUUCGACGAGGCAAGAAAAAAAAAAUGAUAAUCAUUGGACCGUAUAUGAAAUGUAAAAACAACUAGGUAUACCUAUACUGAAAUAUUAUUCAAUCUUGUGUCUCUAAUUUCUAAGCCGCCGGAGUUUUACGUGGUAUACAACUCGUCCCUGUAUAAUAUAUACCUAUAUAAAAACAGACGGUAUAAUUUUUUGGGGAUUCGAGAAAAAAAAAUAUGAAAAAGAAAAAGAGAGUACGAGAAAACGGGGUUAACGUGUAUACAAUAGACAGACAAAUAUGAUUGAGGGGCAUUUUUUCAUAUACGUAUGGCAGCUAUGCAUCAUCUUUUUGACGUAUACAGAUCAUACAAAUAUUCCCGUUUACACCCCUCAAGACGCAUGGCAAGAGGGUCGGUCGUCGCUUUGUGUGCGUAUAAUGUCUUAUUUCCAAUUGGCCAAUUCCGGUUUAGAUCAGGAUAUCCUAGGUAAAAAAAAACACACAAAAAAAAAAAGACCAUAUGGUAUACCUACUUAAAUAUUACUUCGCGUUUCGCGGUGUAAACGACGUUCGUAUCGCGUCUCGUAUUCGAUAUUUUCUCAUUUGGCGUUUAAGUUAUACGGUCGGCAGUACCUAUUUAUAGUGCGAUGCAGUUUAUGUACCGUCCCUCGAGAUAUUAUGCGUUCGACGUAUCCACGUAUCGGUUAGUAUAGUGUACAAGUGCAGUGUCAGUUAAUUGUUAUAUUGUUCGUAUGUAGUCGGUUACCCGGUCAAACCUCGUUUUUUUUUUUUUCUAUUGUUUGUACAGUAACGUUUUCAGUCUAGUUCCGGUGCGUCGAGGUCGUGUUUUUUUUUUUCCGAUUUUCCUCGUAGUUUUCUCAAACGGGUAACACUUCUAUGGCCGCGGUUUUGUAAUAUUUGUCAAACACGACUUAGACACGAGGUUCGGCCGCGGAUAACCGACGUACACAAUUAUAAUAAUUUACUAGGCCGAUCAAACGCGCCGCACGGUCUUCAAUUAGUAUUCAUUUACCACGCGCGUUAUUUUUGUCCGUUCAAUCAGUUGCAAUAAUAUUUAUACCGUCCAUUCGAGUUUUAUUCGUAUUGCGUACCGUUAUCGAAAUGUUACACGACAGUAUCAAUCAAUUCGGUAAGUUAAUUCAAUCAUUUGCACGGGUUUGAUGUUAACAUAUACAGGGUGAUUCAUCAUCACGAUAUCCAGUGAUUUUCUCUCGAGGAUUCUGGGUAAAUUUGAUUUUUUUUUUUUUUGCCAAACGGAACUGUUCGAGUUUUAUUUUAACGCCGUUUUCAAAAUGUUAUCGUCAUAUUUCUAUAUACGUAUGAACCGCGUUAAGCGGGUACUAUCUUCUGAUUUUCCGACGGCUAAAAUCGGCGUUAUUUAACUCCGAUUCGGAAAUCGGUAUAGUUUAUUUUAUACGCGGAAAAUCGCGUAGGUAUCGCGUUGGUAUCGCGUUUACGGCUGAUAACAGUUGAAAAUUUGUGUACUGGGAAGGUUGAUAAAUUGUAUGAUAACCUUUCCCCACUGCGAACUACUACACUGCAGUAUAACGGUAAAAGUUUUAGAAUAUGGUAUGAAUCAAAUCAUUAAUUAUAUAGAUUAUAUUUAUUCAUUUUAAACGAUUCAAUAAUAUUAUCGAAAGAAAAAAAAAUCCAAAGCAAUUUUGCUCAAAAUCUCUGUGUAUGAUAGAUUUCGCGGGAUCAUUAGACUUGAAAAAGAUAUUUUUCAAAAAUAUUUCGAGUACAAAUCCGGACAUUGUUUUGAAAGGCAUUUAAAAGUACUUAUUCGAGUAGACUUCACUGUAAAAUAUUUGAGUACGAAUACAGAUAUAUUUUAAGACGCAUUUAAACUAUUCAUUUUUUUUACAUAUUUUAUUCUAUUGGUUAAUAUUCGAAUAAUACCAGUAAUAAUUAAAAUUUUAACACCAUUUAACUUUCAUAUAGAUUGUCAAAUGCGAUGCGUUUCAAUUUAAAAAAUGUAUCUAAAAUAAGUACGUUUGAGAAAUAUUUUAAAUACAAUAACAAGUAAUGUUUUUGUAAAAAUAUUUAAAACGUACACAUUCAACAUUGAAACAGAGUUGGAAUAUUUUUAUUUAAAUGAUUUUGCUCGAAUCAUCUUGUAUAUUAUAUUUACCAUUCGUUUUCAUUAAUAUUUGAUAAAUAUUUUUAUACAGGAAUAAGUUUACAAAUCGGAUUACAAACCGUCAUAUUAUAACCCGCAGAUUUAUAACGAUAAUAUUAAUCUUUUCGUGGUUUUAAAAAGGUUUUUAAAUGGGGUUUUUUUUUUUUUUUUACGACCCUUUAGAAUUAAAAUAUUUUAAUCGUAAAUAUCCAUCGACUAAAAAUUGGUAACGAAUUUCAUCGUAUAUUUUAAAACCGUUCGAAUCAUAAAUUGACUAGCUACUUAUAUUUGUAUGCUGAUACACCGAGCUUCGUUCGAGUUACCUAAUAAUUUUUUUUUGCGACUUUAAUGAAUAGAAGACGUGAUUUUAAAAUGUGCUCUUAUAAAAUGAUACUAAUGGUAAUUUUACAUUUGAAAUUCAAGUUUAUCGAGAGAUUUUAAUGAAAUAUUCAAGAAUAUUCGCUUGAGGCUAGAAAAAACAUUCAACACAUGCACUGGUAAAUGUUUUAUGAAUUCUUAUAAUUUUUGGUACAUGCAACACAAUUCUAUAAUACUUAAUGGUCUACUGCAUGUGUUGUUCGUUUUUUGAUUGGGUGCAUUAAUAUAUAAAUUAUUUCCCGAGCUAACUCGAAAACAUGUGACAUAAGAUUGCUCAUGAAUGAAGUUGAAGGGAUCAGUAUUGCCAAUGCCUAUUUCGUUUCAUUAUAAUUUGUGCUCUAGCGUAUUUGCCGAUUAUUUAUAAAAGUAAUUACUCGAUUGGUCUAUUAACCCCUCCAAAAAAAAGGAAUUUAAAAAUCCUUAAAAACCUUGUACUUUAUCUUAAAAAUAUGUUAACAUCAUUGUAAAACCAAUACAUUCCUCACUUUGUUCAAAAUCUAACAUAAUUACCUUCUUAAUACGAAUUUACUGUUUUUAAAUUCUGAGUGGUGUACAAGCGAAUAAUUAACUAAGCUGUAUUUUUUUCACUCGAAAAACACUGUAAUGUUACGGAAAUACUCCGGAUUAUUCAUAUUGUAUAAAAAAAGAUGUUAUACUAAAUUUGUUCGGCUUGCGGUACUUAAUUGUUUUGAUUUUUUUAGAUUCACAACGGUUUUACUUAAAACUUAAAAAAAAUUCCUAACAUAAAAAUGACGAUAUUUCGAGAUUUUUUUAUCGAUUACCGGGUUAGCUUUUUUCAAAGAAACGAGUUGUAAGAGGGGGGGUACACCGCCAUACAAUUUUUAUUGUACUUUAAUAUUUUACCGAGCUCUGCUGAGAAUCUGGGUUUUAAUCGCAAUGAUUUAGCGUUGCAUUCAAUAAAAUAAACUAAUUUACCCUAUAUUCCGUAAAACCUUUCGAAUUUUCUAUCUAACACAGUGGCCUGCGCAUGAUACGAAAUAUGUCCGGUUUUUUAUCUGGGUAUUAUAAUAAGAUCUCGUUUUCUAAAAACAAAUAAAUCUGGUCCAAUAAUGUUUUGUUUCUAUUGUUUUUAGUGAAAAAAGUGAAAAUUUAUUUAUUUUGGUGAUGUGAACAAAAUCUUAAGAAAUUAAACAAUUUUACGCUACUCCAUUUUUAAAUCCGUUUUACAAUAUUUAUAUUAUUGCACGCCGUCGUCCAUCUUAAUCGAAAGUAAAAGUUACCCUCGAGUUCGACUGCUAUAUUUAUUUUUUAUGUUUCGAGCGAUCCGAAAAAAACGUUACCCACGUUUCGUUUACCAUUGAAACGAAAAACUUGCCGGGUAAAUGGGAAAUAAUGACUAAUAAACAAGAAACACGCUUACUAUCGGCCUUUUCGAGGGCUCAGAUUUCAAGACAGAGUGCAUUUUUUCUUGUUUUUCUAGAUACAACAUUGUUCCUAUUGUUGUUAUUUUGUCCAGUACAGCCGUAUUUUUUUUUAAAGCGCUUUUGGCUUGUUUAAUAUAAUUUCUUCGCGCGUAUACAGUACGAAUACGUCACAACAUUUUCUAGUGUAAAAUAAGAUAUGCAGAUACUGUAGGUCCGUAUAACGAUAUUUUUAGUCGUUCUAAUUAAUAUUUAAGAUUUGUUGCAACACCCUCUCCCCCGUUGCUCUUUGACAAUACAUCCGUGUACACAAUAAUUCGAUUCGCGGAAUCCAAAUGCGUGAAACUUUUUUAUUUCGUUUUUUGUGAUUUUUUUUAUAUUUUGCCUCUGUAAUUUUUCAUCACACAUUACGGCACUUUUGAUGCGAUUGCUUUUUUUUAUGUUCCAUCGUCGACCGGAUUUAGGCUCUCUCUCGAGGAGAUGUAAUCCGCUUCUUAUGGGCUUUUUUGUUUUCGUAGUGAUUUUAAAUUCGGAACAUAACGAAGGAUCUAUUGGAUUUACUGUGAUAACUAUUGUUUUUUUUUUGUCUGUGAACAACUUUUUGUUCCGAUUUCUAGAGUGUCAAAAUAUUUUAUGAAAGGUAAUUUUCUCUACUCGGUGCACUGAGGAGAUUAUUUUUUCGAUUUUUCAAAGGAUUUUCAUAAUGAUCGAGAAAAACAGGGAAAAAAAUCAUAGAUAAAACGGCAGCCCAUUCAUGUUUUUAAUUUUUGCGACUUAUGUUUUCUACCGAAAAUAUUGCUCCAAUCGAAAAGUGACAAAAGAUCGAAUUUUUCAUUUCAAUAUAUACUCAUUUUCAAAGAAGAUCGCUUUUUUAUUUUUAAAGUGGUUAUCAUAAUAAUUGGGAAAAACUAAAAAUUAAAAUUGAUUAAUGGCAACGUGGCGUCUCGGUUAAAUUAUUUUAAUUUUUGUAAAACAACGAGGCCUUUUUUGUUAAAUUUUUUUGUGUAGAAAGUAAUUAUGGGAAAAAUUGUUUUUUUUUUUUUUUUAAUUUUCUUUGUAUAGUUUUUAGAUAAUUGAACAAAACCAAAAAAUACGUAGAAAGCACGGGAAAAUGUACGAAGAUAAUUAUUUUAUUAUUUUAAAUUUUGUUUUUUAAUGUAAUUCAAUUUAAAAUAUUAAUUGAAAUUUCGCCAGAAAGCUUAUAUUUGCUUUUUCUAGACUUGGUAUAAUUUUUAAAACAUUAAAAAAACAUUGUUGAGCUUUUUAUAGACAUUUUAAUUUUGCGAAUUUUUUACGUAAUUUUUUUUUGGUAGUAGGUAGUACUCUGUGGAUAAAAUUGUUAGAUAAAACAUAAAUGCUUGUCAAUUUAACAGCAGGUUCAUAAAUAAUCGUACUUCGCGGUUAAAAAAAAAAAAAAAAAUGUAGUAGUGUAGUAUUUAUUUUUAUACUAAUUUUAAAAUCAAACCCUAACGAAAAUCGUAAAUAUUACGGCCUUUAAAAUUAUGUAUACCCGAACUUUGCUCCAAAUGGUGUAUCGUUGGUCACUGGAAUAAAUCGAAUAUUUUUGUGUAUUCCUUUAACUCUUGUUGUUUCUUCUAUAUUUCUAUAUUUGGCCGAUCAUUAUCGAAAAAAAAACCCGUUCGGCGGAUAGGUUUAGGGGGGAAAUUAGCCUCGCCGGCACCCCUAGUCACGAUAAACGAUCGCAGCAGUCUUAAAGCAUCGUUCGUCGGCUGGACGCUUUUCGCCCGUAUACAUUUUAGUUUCACGAGAACAACUCGGCCCGACGUGAUGCGGUGACCGGCGGCACCCCGGAGCGCGUGCCGGGGACGGCCGGGCGUACCGCGGGUGACAUUUUAUCCGGUUGAUCGUAAUAAUACGCCGCCGUCAAACGCAUACGACGGGGUCGCGGGUCCGGGAAGGGUUUUCGAGUGGGGGGGGGGGCGGCCGGUUUUAAAGCGACCAAAUCGAAAUCCCGGCGGGUGGCGCUCGUGGAACGGGAUAAUGACGACGGCGACGCGGUGUGCGUACGCGCGCUACUCCGCCGACGGUCGGGCGGUCGAUUUCCAUUGCGCGCACUCCGCCGCCGGAUCUCCCGGGGCGGCUCGAAAACGAAUUCGUCCUGCUGGGACUCGUCGGCCUAUACGGCGGCGGUGGCGGCGGAGAUGGGGGUUUGGCACUGCGAGCGGCACAGGGUGACAAAAUGGACUCGCUCGCCGCGGCGUCGUCGGUUGACGGGCGGCAGAGGGCCGUCUAUAUAUAUAUAUAUAUACACGCAUACAUAUAUACGUAUAAACGGUCGGUGGCGGGCGGCGGGGUCCCGCAAUCAUGGCGGACGACAAAAGCGGCGGUGGCGGCGGCGGAGAGCGUAUAAUAUAUAAAGCAGCCGCCGCGGCCCGCCGGUUUUGUGAUCGAUCCGCCGUAACGCCGCCGCUGUCAACGCCACCGCUGCACGUGCGGGGUGACGAAUAUUUUCAACCACUCCGGUGGCGUUCGUAAUAUAGGGGUAGGGCAAGGCACGAGGGUCGCCCGCAGCGGCGGAAAACGGAGGGGUCGUUCUCUGCCCCUCCCCCCCCCCUCGGCCCCGCAUAUUCGGGCACUCGCGCGCGCGUCGGCCGACCUUCCGCUUAAUAAUAAUAAUAAUAAUAAUACGUAUAUACAUAGGUAUUAUGCGGAAGGUACGCGCGCAUACGUAUUAUAAUAUUAUUGUGUACGUAGACGCGUCCGGUUUUUAAUACAUCCCGCGUGCUGCGAUAUUUUUCUUUUUCUCUCCGUUUUUCCGUUCGCGUUCAUAAGCCGGCCAAUAAACGGCGGUUUUUGUCGUCGGAUUUUGUUGUUAGCCCGUUCGCGCGCGGAUACGGUUAUACGGUCCGGAAAAUGAGGGGAGGGGAAAAUGUGGGGCUUACGUCGGAAAUUAUUUAUUUGUUUCCAUAAUUAGGACUCGCGUAAUUAUUUUUCGGUCUAACCGAGACACGGUACAAUAGGCAGAGUUGUGUGAAAUGUUUAAAACGUUUCAUAAUUACACGUAUACGUGUUUAAAAUAACUUAUAACGCUUUGAAGAGCUAAGUUAUAUGUGUGCAUAUGUGUAUGUAGUUCCUGUAUUCGUUCAUAAAAUUUAAUCGAAAUUAAACGGUUCCUAAUAACUUUUGGCUACAGGGGUAACGGUUUUUUUUUCCCCGAUUGUUGUAGUUGGUUCUUAAAUAAUUAUGGUAAUAUUUCGUUUGUAAUUCUAUUAUUAUAUAAUAUGAUGUUUACCAAAAAAUAAUGUUUACAACAAACAAAAUGACAUUAGAAAACAAAACAAUUUUUUUUGCAACUUUGUGCUUACAAGUUUAUGGUUUAUUCUAACACUGAAAAUUAAAAUGUUCAAGUUACCGUAAUGAUGUAUCUAUUUUUAGUUUGGCGAAGAAAAGAAAUCAGUUAUGUCAUUAUGCCGUUUAUCAAUUUUCAAAAUUUAAUAAAUUUGUAUUGAAAACUACACAAAAAUGACUUAUAAUAAGCAUUUUUUCUCUGGGAUCUAAGACUUAUUACAUCACGAUGCCGUUAAAAGGCAGUUUUUCUUUUGGGAUUUUUAUUUCCUAUAGUACAAAGGAAUGACGGCAAUAUAUUGUUCGCGGUACGGUAAAGUAAAUAAGUAGUGAAAAUUCGUUUUCUUAUACUGGAAAAAUUGUCUACUUUUCUACCAGAAAUCUUACUAUAUUAAAAAAAUGAAUAGAGAACAUUUAGUUAUUGGAUUAAUUGGGUCUAGUUGGUGCAUUGAGGAGGUUAUUUAUUUGUUGAUUUUCCUUUUUGUUUUAUUAAUCGUUAUAAUUAAAUAACUGUCCCGACCGGCGUUGCCCGUGCCAAAUAAAUGUGUAAUAAAAACGAUUUCCCCCUAUAUUUCCUGUUUCAAUCUCUGUGACUAUUACUGCAGUUAACUGUUGUUGCCCUCAAAUGUUUAAAAAUGCAUUUUAUUUACUUUUAUUUCCAUACCUAUAUAAAUUAGCUAUAUGGUUGCUAAGCAAUGAAAAAUAUCUGAUAAUUUUUUUUUUAUCCAUAUCAAACUACUACAGGUUAGAUCGUUUACUAUAUCUACUGGUCAGGUUGAUGUUUUCAAUAGCUUAACACCUUUUCCACGAUAUAUUGUGUAUCAUUAUAAAAAAAAAAACACACACACAUAACGAUUGGAUGAGUAGUUCGGAAAUUACUCCGAACAUCAAAAUGGCACUUUGUUUUUUAUGCAUGCAAAACAAAAAUAUUAAAAAGUUGGUAUUGACAAUAUCGGACAGAACAGCUCAUAUAUAUAUAAUAUACAUAUGCCAAAUGCAAUUUUUUUAUCUAUUAUAUUCUUUUUCUAAUCUUGCUUUCCGUUGCUCGUAAUGCCUUUUUCUUUCGUACUUCGGAUGUAGAUCGACCAAUCAAUUUCCGAUUUUGGAAACAUAACUGUAGACGAUGCAGUUAUCGAAAAGUCAAAGAAUUUAGGUGUACAUGUCUUAUGUAUGUUUAUAUAUGUCUUAUAAUAUCGUAUAAUUGAUUAAUUAAUUAAAUCAUAUAAUUAAUAUACAGUUUUAUCGAGAUGUAUUUUUCUCUCAGAAAACCAUUUUACUGCCUGUAAAAAUACUCCAAAACUUUUACACUGCGUUUGAAAAAUGUGUGGAUUUUCCGGGUUUAUUUAGAUUCUCAGAACAGUUUUGCUUUCAAAUUUAAGUAAAGAAGAGAUCUACAUUUUCGAGCGUUCGAACGAGCAUUCAGCGGUCACACUAAGAUUUUCGACUUCUUACGUGUGAUUUAUUGUCGUUUGUUAUCAAUUUUCCUCUAUUAUAAAAACUUCUCAAAUGGCUACCUAAAUGCACCGAUGAAUAAAAACAAAAACAUAAAUCAAAAACGUCCUCGAUGGUAUUUGAAAGUUGCAUGAGUAUGUCAUUAACUGGUUACACGCUGUUCGUGUUAUCAUGAUUAAUCGCGAGAGUUAUUCGGUGGAAAUACAAUAAAGCUUUGAUAAUUGAAAAGUAACGCUUUUAUGCGUGAGAAAAAUCGAUGUGUUGACGCGGCCCCUCAUUGCAAGAUAGCUUGUUUUCACCAGUAUAUAACGAAUAUUUGAAGUGAAGUUUAAGAUUCUGGGUGUAGCGAGGAGUACGUUCUAUAGUUUUGUAAUGACGCGUUUUAAGAAAACGUAUUUGAUUUUUCCUCUCUGUAAACGACUUUUUUUUACCAAAAAUUUCGUGCAGGGACAGAUUCUGGUGACAAAUUGCAUGGGAAUGUCAAUUAGGAUAAUCCGAGAAUAAUAUAGUGAAAACGGAAAUAUUUACGCAAUAACGAGUAAUAAAGUAAUUUGUUUUUUUAUUGUAAUUCUUUAAAAAAAUAUUCGCAGAAUAUGAAAUUACCCGUAUAUAUAAAAAUUAUUAGCACUUUAACGACACGGUAUAAUUUUUUUUUUUACCGUUUUUAAGUUACAUUAUAUAUUAUAGUUACAUGAAAUCGUUUUGAUUGUUUGUGAAUAUAAUUUGUUUAGCUCCGUAUAAAUGCUCAACAAUUGAUUAUAAACAUUUAUCGUAAUAAUUAAUAAUUAUAUAGAAAAAGUCGAUCGUAAUUUAUAAAUGUUUCAAGUCCAAAUUUAUGAUAAAUUUUACAAAUAUACUUUGUAGCUACAGAAUGCAAUUUUAAAUUUAAAUUUAUCAAAAAAAAAAAACACCCGCUAAACCGAACUCUGUUCAGAUUUGUUUUUCGUUUGCGAUGAUUCAUCAUUGAAUACAGUACUUAUAUCAUAAAAAGCUUUGAACUAAAUCAUAUAUUUUCUACUUCUCAUCGACAACGAAUGCAGUCUGCAGCUUAUACCGACGGUUUCCCGCGAGCAGCGUCCUAAUUUAUCGUCUUUUAUAUCAGAACCAUACGAUUAUAUUUGUUUUUCGCUCCGGGGUCGUUUCAGACUUUUAAACUAAAUCAUUAAUAUAAGUGUGUAGUAUUAUGACGUAUAGUUGUUUCUUCAAUUAAAACCGCUCGAGUUUUACGAGAAGUUUUUUUUUCCCGCGGUAAUUCCGUUUGUGUUUCGUUUGAUAAUAUAUAAUUGCACAGGUACCGCGAAUGUUUACCGACCUCAAGUUUGCUUUACGUAGAUGCGUUUCAAUAGGAAAUUACCCCGACGAUGUACCCAUGUGUGUCUCAUAAUAUAUGUAUACUUGCUUUUUACGAAUAAAACACAUAAUAUGGUCAAUCAUCAUUUCCGUAGUACUAAAUUUAUCAUCGUGGCCGCACCAAUUACAAUCGAACGAACGCGACGGUACUCCAUUAUAACGUUAUUUGACUUUAUUUUCGUAUUUUUUGUUUCGGUUUAAUUGCAAAUCGUCACAUCGUAACUAUAAAAAAAUACGUAUACAAACGAGUAUAUAACGAGAUUGUACAGUGUGCGAUGACGGUGCGCGUUCUUUGAUCGUUUCGCAGUGUUUUCAUAAUACACGGAUGUACCGUAUCAUGUAUACAAAUAGAAUUAAAAUUAUGUACAGUUUUUUUCUCCGAGAUAGCGAUCGCGUAUUCGCGAAAUACCAAUUAAGCAAAUUCAUUUUUUAAACUGAUACUGAAGAUGGGCGUGUCAGUGUCGUAGGUGGGAAGUUGUGACAUUAGGAUACGCAGAAUUAUUUAAUUUGUAUUCGUACACGCGACGAUAAAUAAUUGCUAACGAAACACGGUUCAUAAAAUCAAAUAUAAAACUAAAAAAACCUCGAAAAUAUCAAACGCCUAUUAAGUUUUGAAUAUGUUCCCAUUUCUGGAAAAGGUUAAUAUGAGUAUUCUGUCAUGAUUUCAAGUCUGAGCGGUAAUUUUGAACCGCGUUGCGACAUAAAGCCAAAAUCUAAAACAAUGAAAUCGUCAUUGUCGUUUUUCUUACUGUUGUUCCUAAUUAUGAAUAAAACUGCAAGGAAAAUUCACAAUUAAUACACCAACUGGAAAAUAUGCUACACUUGAAAAUCGGAGUUAAGGUUUCGGGUAGAAAAGUCGUUAACAGAUAAACAAAUUUUUUUUUAAUCCACACAAUGUAACUAAUACUUUCAGUUACCAAAAUCUAAAAUGACAAUAGUUCUAAGAGGCCUAAGUGUGGCCUGUUUAUUUUUAGUCGUAAUCAUACUUUACAGAAAAAACUCUCCAGCCUCGUAGGAUGGUCGAUUUCUGAGUGAAGCGCGAAAUGUAUUGAUUUUAAACAGUAUAUGUUUUCUUUCUGUCUGUAAACCACUUUUCUACCAGAAAUCUUACUCCGAUCAUGAACUCGAGGACGGGGAGGGUUUGAUUUUAAAUAAUUAAAAUUUAUUUUUGGUAGAAAAUGUUGUAUUGUUGGUGCAUUUUUUUUUGAGUUUUCUAGUAGUUUCCUAAAUAAUAAUUAUAAUUUGGGAAAAAUGUACGCGAAAGCAGUUAUUGUUAUUUUCGGUUUUAGUUUUUUGUUGCGAUUAGGAUGAAAAUAAUCGUAAAGACCUGACAUUAUCAUUGAAUACGUCUUAUGUCAGCGCUGUCUAAACGUAGUACAGUUUGAAACUGUUAUGGCGAUUUUUAUAGCCAUAUGAAAUCUUCGAUUUUUUUUAAAAAUAUUUUUUGAUUUUUACAUGGAUACAAUUUAUGUUUAGCCCCCCUAUUAUGAUUGAAAAUUUAAAACGACGUUCAUUAUAUAUUAAUUAGAGACCGGAACUAUAUGCAUUUAAAAAUUAUCUAAUACAAUGCAAAUAUGCAUAAAUAUGAUAAAUAUGCAAUUAUAUGUAAUCUGCUAUUGUACUUAAUAAAAAUAUUUUUAAACAAAAAAUCUAUUUUUAUUCAAGAAUAUUACAAAUAAAUUACUGCAUUUUUUUUUUUAUCAUAACCAAUAAUAAAAUACUCAAAUAAUAUUAAAAUAAUUGAACACGAAAUAAACGUUUAAUAGAUGAGAAUAUAAAAAUUCAAUAUAGUAUAAUCUUCAAAAAGACAAUCAAAGUAAUAUAUUUAAACAUUAACAGUCUUAAACUUUUUUUUUUCUUUAUUUGACUUAAGAUUUUUACGAAUCAAAAUUGUAAAACAUCACGAUAAACGUAAAACGAAUUCACAAAAUGAUUACACCAAACGGUACUGGUGCAAUUUAUUUGUUUUCACUAUUUAAUUAUAUUAAAAAAAAAAAAACAUUUAACGAGAACAGUAUAAACAAUUUUUUCUCUAUUAAAAUUGAUUUACCAUAAGUUUAAUUUUUAAUUUAUUAAAAACUCAUUCUUGUGACGUGUUUUAUAGAAAAAUAAACAGCAUUAUUAUCAAAAAAUUUAACCAUGAGUAAAUUCGUGAGCGGCAAACGUGUAAAAUACUCGGUCGUUCUAAAAACAAAGUAGUUAAUAUAAACAUAAUUAGUGGACUUCCCUGAAAUUUAUUUUUGGCUACGGUAAGGGAACACACCUAUGAGUAAUAUUCAAAGUUUUAGUGUCCGCAAAUAUCUAAACAUUUGCUGUUUGGUAAGUAUAUUUUUGUCAGUCUAAAUAUUAUCUAAAUAUAUGUAUUAUGUUUACCGAUUUUGUCGGCUUUUUACCGAACUGCAUAAAAUUAUUUUCGAAUAUAAUUUGUAUACAAUAUAUUAUGAUUAAUUAGAAUAGUACAAAAAUAAUAUAACUGAUAUAUUUUAAUAAGCAAUACAAUUUAAAUUCUAAAUAAUCACUGAUAUAGUUUAAUAAUUAUUAUUUAAAAUGUAGAUGGACAUUACUGUGUGAAAAAAAUAAAAGAAUUAGUUUUAGUUAAUUAUAAUGAAGUACUUCUAGUACUACUGGAUUAUAAUUAAUAUUGUAUUUGAAAUUAAUUUGUCAGUGUAUAAUAAAGUGUAAUUAAGUCUGUACUAUGUCUGUAACGUUUAAAAAAAUUGAAUCUAAUAAAACAUUUUGUAAUGUGUUGUUUUUAAGCUUAAUAGUCUUAGGAAUAUUUUACCGCGAGGGGAAAUUAUCCUAUGAAUGUCAUACCCCUUUCACGGUAUAAUAAGCCUAGUAUAUUCUUAUCACCCAGUAAUAAUAUUCUAGGGGUAAGGAAAAUUUGCCUGUUACACCGGCAUUCAAAUUGUAUACCGGGCAUACACUAUGUACAAAUAUGUAAAUGUGUAUAAUUUUGGGUUUUAAUAAUAAGUGUUUAUAGUAGUGUACAUUUUUACGAAAAUCGUUAAAAGUCGCGGCAUUUCAAAUUAUGUUUCACCGAACUUAGCUUAAAAUCGUUUUUCAAACAAAUUAAACAAAUGAAAUAUUACACUAUAUUUUUAUCGUUUGAUUAUAAAUUAAUUUAAUUUUAAAAGUUUUCAAGCGGGGGCUGACUGUUUUCGGUUUCGUUAAAAAGAGGAAAACUUAUUAAAGGCGGUAAAUGGUAAAACACUUUCCGCCCGUGCGAUAAAUUUAAUAAAAUUGUUUUUUUUUUUUAAUUUUUACCUUUUAUUUACAUUUUCAUUUAUGUUUUCGAUGCGUUGAUCUAAAUAAUGUAUAUGCGUUAACUUUCUUUUGCUGGUACGUACCCCGAGCUCCUCAAGCAUUCCAUUAACGAAUUCGAUGCACUGUGUAUUAAUUUUGAUGGAAAACCUGUACGGAUAAAAUUACGUAAAAUAUAAUUUACAACUAUCAUUUAUCAUAAUUUGUUCAGAAUUCGGAAUCAAAAGUAUAAUAAAUUCAAUAAUUGUAUACACAAUUUAUGUAUAGUAUUAAAUUUUUACCGAAUAGUCGAGCUUAUACUAGUGAAAGAAGAUAAUUGAUCUGGGGGGGGGGUUAAAGUUUCUUUAGCGAAAUUUUACCGGAGAUCAAGAAUCGUAAAAUUUUUACCUGGGUGGGGGGGGGUGUUACAUUUUCGCGGGUUGGAUUUUAACACAGGGCGGUAUUUCCGAACUGUAACGCCGAAGAGCGCCCACUCUCCUCCUCCCCGAUACUGUCUAAUUAAAAGCGGGUAUACUGUUAGUGUAAACCGCGAGAUAUCCCCAGAGGAUUACGCGGUUGGCGGAGUGUAGGAGGGAACGCGGUGGCGGCGUAUUUUGCGGUCGUUUGUCUAGAGAAAAGCCGACGGCGACGGCGGCGGCGGCUGCGGAAAGAAGAGAAGAGAAAGAAAAAAAAAAAUACGUAAUAUUUUCGUAAAGACAGCGGAAUACCGCGUCCCCACAAGGUUCUCGUAUUUCACGAUAUAAUAAUAAUUCGCGUCUCGCGGCUCUUUAUACGCAAUUUUUAAUACGCGCGCCGCGGCUAUUAGAGCGGUUCGUUUAUUAUAAUAAUUAAAUAUUCUAUAUACUAUUUAAGGAGCGAAAAAAAAAGAUGAAAUAUUAAAAGAAAACAUGAAAAAAAAAAAAAAAACGACGCGUGCCCGUCUCUCGUACUCGCGUAGUGCGUGCGAGACGUUUGUGUUGUCGCGGUCGGACGCCGGCGAACCUUUGCGACGAAUGCGAGAGAAACGGCGAGCGAGUGAGAGAGAGAGAGAGAGAGAGAGAGAGAGAGAGUGAGAGAGUGAGAGAAAACGAGGGCGGGGUGGGGGUACAGGGGGCAGCGCGGCGUUUCGAGUGGCGUACAUAUUAUCAUGUACUUAUAUCGCGCCGCCGCGGCGGAGGAGUGGGCAAUAGCGGCGAUAUAAUAUCAUGUCGUCGCGGGUCACAUGUACCGUAACACGCGCUAUACGUACGCCCGUAUGACUUGCACGCGCGUACGUACCGUGCGGCGGAAAAUUCGCAAUUAUUUCCGCGUUAUAUUUUCCGCGCGUUCGCGUCCGCGCACGUAUAAUAAUAAUAAUAUAAUGUAUACACACGGCGCGCCGUACGCUCGCAAACGUAUGCGCGCGUAUUGCGUAAGCUACCCCCCCCCUUCCGCCCGAUUUACGUGUAUACGUAUAUUAUAUUACUUCUCGGGGUAUAAAGUACACCCACACGUAUGCGCCGGCAUAUUAUAAAAUAUACGUAGGUAUACGUAAUGUAUUAUAUAGUGCAGUAUAUUCGCGCCGAGUGCCCACAGCGGGAUGGCUUUUCGAGUGGCGGCGACGAGGGGAAAACGUAUAUAAUAUAUACGAGAGGGAUGCGAUGGCGAUAUAUACAUGUACGCGAAGGGCUGUGAUCAAAGGACUCUGUCCCUCGGGUUUCCGCGCGCGCAGCCAUCGCCGGGCGCGCCACCUCCUCCACCGGCCCCGGAGGAGAAAACCGACGGAGGGUUCGCCGCCGCCGCCGCCGCCGUCGUCUUCGUCAUCGCCGUCGACGUCGGCCACACGCAUCGCCGCACAUCGCGUCCCGUUUCUUCCGCGCGCGCGCCGCCGUCCCGCCGACCAACGCGCCGUUUCGCACACCGCCGCCGCAACUGCAGUAUUAAUAUACAUAUAUUACCGUACGUAUAGUAUUGUCCUCUCUCGGACCCGGCGGUCCCGGUUCUGCCCGGCGUCCCGCGGGAACCCUUCGCGCGCCCCGCCGAUGAAAACGCCCCUCCGCCGUAAAUACACACGUAUAUAAUACCGUACAUCCGCCGCCGCCGAUAUCGCACGCCUUCUCCUGUAAUACAUUAUUGUUAUUAUUAUUAUUAUUUUAAUUAUUGUAAUACGCGCGCCGCUCACUCGAUUACCGCGCGUAACACCGCGGUGUUACGGCCGCGGCGACGGAUUCCCCCGGGACGAGUUUCCCCGUGUGCCGCGGCCGCGACGCCGCCGCGGUUUCCGUAAUAAUAUUAUAUCAUGUCCCGGGAGAAGCACGACGUGCGCGCACCGCCGUUAAUUCGAUAUCGCAUACGCGCAUACGCGUCGGGCGCGAGGACGAUGAUUCCGCCCGUACGCGACCGACACCGCGCGCAUCGCACUCUCUGCCGCGGACACUCGCCCCGGGAUGGAUAUCGCGCGCGCCGCAGCUUUUAGCCCGGCUAUUAAUAUUUCGGCCGCGAUCCCCGACCCUUCCGCCGCGACCGUCCUCCCGCCGGAUAUCGCCCCCCGUAUUAUAUUGUAGUACGGACCGGCAACGGUCGGACGGUGUGCGCGGCUUCGCCGGCGAUCGAUCGCCGAACCGAAAAGACACGAUAUCAUGUAAUAUUCGGAAACAAAGAACGAAAGGAAAAUGCAAAAAUAGCCGAUGUUGCCGAUUGGCGCGCGCCGUCUUUUUCGGAAUGAGGGUCGUUGGCGAAGCGAAAUAUGUUACGCGUAUGUGUAUAUCCCCCCCCAACGAUAAAUUGCGAUUAACACGAAAAACGAUUCCGAGAAGGGUAUUAUCAAUUAUUUAGUUGUUAAUUAAUAAUGAAAUUAAUUAUUAUUCCCUUGUUAAUGAAACCUCUAGACGCACCAACUAGAUCACCCAAACGCUUUAGUAAGUUCCCAUAAUGGUUUAUUGAUUGCAGCGAGAUUUCCGGUAAAAAAGUUGUUACAAACACAAAACAAAAAAACAACAAUAAAAUCAAACGAUAUUGGAACUCGACCGUUUAAAUGUAAAAACGCGAAUAUUUCCGAUCGUGACAAAGUCAAUCUAAACUCAAUUGACCACAAUGUUUCAUGAUGUUAUACUUAAGGGACCGGAACGUGUCUAUUUUCAUACUUAUAGCACAGUGCGCGAGUGAAAGUUAGGUUAGUUGAGUUCCCAUUAUACUUGGGGAAAAACCGAGAAAAAAUGUAUAGAAAAAACGAAUCGAUGCGUAGCAAUUAAAGUUUCAUUAUCUGCGGUUUUGUUUUUUGAUCAGAACACUUUCUCUGAAUUUAUUUUCAUUGUUGCUUCUUGUUUGAAAGAGAAAUUUGACUUAUAUGAUUUCCUUAGUUUUAUAAACAAUUGACAUUUUUGAGUUUUAUGGGGAUAAAAUUAUUUUGGCUGAUUAAAUUAAAUAAUUUUAUGUAUCCGACCUUCCCAACUUUUUAAUUAUACAACAUUGAUUCUUGAACAUUAGUUCUCUUUUUUUUUUUUUUUUUGAAAUAUUGAUUUCUACCGGUAGACUUGUUUCAAUGUCGAUCGUUUUUUAAUUUUCUCGUAUUUUUCUUGAAUGUAAGAAAGACAAAGAACAAAAACAAAAAAAAUUGACGUUAUACCGCUGAUUUUUUUCAAAGUCAAUACCUAUAAAUUGGGUUCUAUUCACUAUUCAAAUGCUGUAUGCCUUGCUGUUAAAGAAACAAUACCCCACUACUUUUUCCCUAUCUAAACUUAAAAGUGGAAUAUAUCCCAUCAACUGGUUGAUAGAAAUUAAAAAUGUACUACUUCAAAAUGAAUUCAAAUUAUUUUUAAUUCAAAUCUGUUUAUACAAUUUUUAAUAUAUAGGCGACGAAAAUCAGAAAUGGGUAAUAGUUUCUCUCCUAAAAAAUCAUGGUGAUUAAUAAGAACAAUGUAACAUUAUAGAAUAUUAUAACAUACGAUUUUCAAAAGUUCCUACACAAGUUUUUUUUUUAAAUGAUUAAUUUGUAAAAAAUUUGACCAUAAUAUCAAAUUUAGAAGAUCGCCUGUAUAGAAAAGUACCGUGUUGAAAAUUAUCUUUUGAAGUGCAGUAUAAUUAUACUCAUCUGAUGGAUUUUUAUAAAGAAUUGCCGCGUGAAUCUCUUUGAUCGCUUUCGCUCCUCCAACUCUAUAAAAAAAAAGGAAAAGGUUAACUGGAAAUGACGAGUUUUCAUACUACCUUAACUGUUUUAUUAUACAAGGCAAGUCAUUCUGUUUUAUUUUUAAAUCGGGAUCAUGAAAAGAGCGAUGAGGAUUAAAUAUCAGCCGUUUUCCCAAGGUUUUUCGUCCUUUCUUGAUUCAACAUUUUUAAAAAAUCUUUUUGUUUUGUUAGCCUUUGAAAUUGUAGGUCGCAUCAAUCAAAACUAUUUGUAACCUAAAGGUCGAGAAACUCUGUUACCCAUACAAUGUCGUCCAUAUUUUUGUAAAAUAAUGAAAUUGUAUGUUUCCCUACGUUUUUUCCCACUUAAAUGCUUUUUUUUAAAAAAUAUGGCGUCGAAAAUCAAAAAAUGACCUAUUUAAAUUACCAUCUAGACUACUUGAAGCUUUCAAAAGUUACACGUAAAAAUCGGAGUAAGUUUAUUAGGAAAACACGUGUCCACAGACUAAAACAAAGAAAAAAAAGAAAAAACGUAUAAAAAGAAAUAAACAUCUUAGUAAAACGAAUAGCUCCCUCGCUACGCUCGGAAUCUAAAAUAACCAAAUAUGCCGAUAACCUUGAAACGUAUUAUAUCGUCUUCAUCUAUAUAUUUAUCCACAUUACCUAUUUAGUUUGCAUGACUUUUUUACCAAUUUUAUUUUAUCCAUACAUAAUAUUGUGAUUCGUGUUGUUUUACGAUUGCGGUCCUAUACAUUUUGUUAAAAACACUAUAAAAGUUCAAUUGUAUUCUCUUAAUUUAAGCUUGAUUAUUGAUGACUCAAACCUGUUUUAAAAUUUCUAAAAACACCAUAAUAUUGUUUAUAAAAAAAAAAAAAAACGUACGCACUGAUACGUGAUGAAUAUUGAACAAUUUUGUAAACUGGUAAAAUUGGAUAAAGAUUAGUCGUGUUUUUUCUUCUCGUUUAUGCUUAAUUAUUAAGAAAUCAAUGAAAAAAUAUGCCGAUGUUUCGUCAUUGUUGUCAGGAAACUUUGGAAACUUUGUUACUUGCUUUUGUUUAGAAAAACCGUUGAGAAUCUAGAAAAAAUAUCAAAAUAUUAUACCAUUGGUCAUCAUCAAAAAUCCGCAUUUUUCAAGGUUUAUCGGUGUGAAAAAUAGAUAACAUUAUUUUUACUGACCGAAAAUUAAAUCGUAUAAUAACUUAAUAACUACAAUACCUUUUUCGUUACACAUGGAAUCUUAAAAAAAGAUAUCCAAAUCAAUUUGAAACUACUUAUUUUUAAUGACUGUAGGAAUAUGGACAUGUAUACAUAUUUCAUUUAAAUUAAACGCAACGAUAAAAAUAUUUUGAAGUUUAACACAAUCAUUGUGGAAUCAAAGUAUCUCCAAUUUUUAUCUGCACGAUGAAUAUGUUUUACUGCACGACAACGAGCCCAGUAUACGGUAUUACGUAUACGAGAUUUGACAAAAAAAUAUGUAUAUAGGAACCGCGGAAAUGCCCGGAGCAUAAAAUAUCUCUAAUAACAAAGCAGGAUAAUAGUUUUAAAAAAAAAGUCCAACGAGCUUUAUUAUUAGGUUUAUUUGUAUGUCUGCGUUUGCGAUUCGAAACUGUAUUGCACAAAAGGAUCAAUCUUGUUUGUUCGUCGUUUUCCGUAAUCUUCUACAUUAUUCUAUGCUCUGCGGAGGGAGAACAUAUAAUAUACCCAUCGCAAAAGUAUCAAGCCAUUUUUGUUUUACGAUUUAUUUGGUUUUUUUGCAGUUCAAUCUCGUCUUUGACUCUUUUAUACAUUUUUAUGUCGUAUACGUAAUACAAUAAACAAUUAUAUAUAUGUAUGUAUAUUUAUGUUUAAUAAUAUAUAAUAAUGUAAUAAAUGACCGAUACGCGGACUAUAUGCAGUAAGGCGAUGUACUUACCACCACCCUCCCUCCGCAGUACAAAUACAAAUAUAUAUAUAUUAUAUGCGACUGUACCACCUAUAAUGAAAAUUUCAAAUUGAAUUUUUUGUACGCGCUCUCUCUUUUUUAUUUAAUUAGGUGAUUUUAUUUUUAAUACAUCCUGCCCUGACAUAAUGUCGAAUACAGUCCCUCUGGGUGUGUGUUUGUGUGAAGUGGUCCCUUUGUACCGGCGGCGGCUGCUGCAGCACCGAGGGGGCUCACCCCUGUCAAAUUCGCCCUCGCCCUCGAGGCUCCCCAUAGGGUUAAUUAAUACGUCUCGCAUUCUAUUGGCCGACUAUUAGUUGUCGGAGUGUAUAUUAUACAGCAGCAGGGUAUGUUUGUGUGUGUGUAUUUCAUGGACGCUCCCUUUCGUAUUGUAUAUUAUUAUAUUGAAAAAUACGCAUCGUAUUGAAAAAAAAAAUAUAUAUAUAUAAAACCCACUUAGAACUUGGAAUAUCAAUACGAUAUAAAAAAAUAAAAAUAAAAAAUGUCCCGCUAGUCUAGAAUGGCUGUUUUAAUUGGCUCUUAUUCCGUCUUGUCCCUUUAUAUUUUUUAUUUGUUGUAAUCAAAUAUAAUAUACAAACCCCGAGGACAGAUUUAUAAAACGUAGGUACCUCGGUUAAUAAUAAGCUAAAGCCUGCUUGAGAAAUUAUGUACAUAUAAACCACGUCAAAAUCAAAACCAGUUGUAUUGUAUUAAUAAUAUAGCAGAGCGAUAUUUUGUGCCAGUAUACAGUAUUAUUAUACAUAUUUGUUCAUCUAUAUAAUACUUUUUCUCGAAUCUUAUUUUAAAAAAAAAAAAAACAUAUUUCAAAAAACAACAUAUUAAUGCUGUUUAUUUCUGUUGAUUAAUUUCACAGCAAUUUUUAGUUCAAAUCAAUAUAUAAUAUUAUUGGUACGUAAUUAUCUAUGAUGCAUUAUUUAUUAAUACAUCGCUCGAAUGUAUUCAAAUUAUCAUUAUUUAUUUGGUUUAUAUAAUAUUAUUAUAUUCAUUUAUUUUUUUUUUUUUUAUAAAAUAUUCGUUAAACGUUAUACAGUUGCUUAUAUAAUAAUAUACUAGCUGGCGUUGCCCGUGCUAAUUUCUCAUUUUUUUUACCUUUAUUUCCACAUUCUUUUGUUUGUAUAAGUAUAUAUUGAACUAAAAAAAAAAAUAGGUGGCAAGUUGGUAGUCCGCGGACUAAAAGUGUUCUAGUGUAUCAUAUAUUCUUUCAUUCGUGUUACCAUAAAUACCUGCACAAUACAGGGAUUAAACUGUAUAAUAUCCACUAAUAAUAAUUCUAAACUUAUGAGGACAUAAUAGUACUGUAUAGUGUUGUUAUUGUACAAAAAAAUACAAAAAUUCAGAGAUGACGUUUUACGAAUUUUCAUUUUUCACUUACUCACCCUGUACAGCGCAUACAUUUGUUUUAUGUUACCAAGGGGUAGCACAUUCUAGCCAAUAACAUACCGGCAGUCAGAUAGACUAAUUAUAUUAAUUUUUUAUAGUUCUUAUGGCAUUUUUAUUUCUGUUUAUCUUUUGAAUUUCAUUCGUGUUACUAUGGAAAUCCAUUAUUCAAUUAAAAUAAUUUAAUUUUCAUUCCAAAAUGUAUACAACUAUUGUGUUGAUAAAGAUGUCCAUAAAUAAUAUAAUGUUCAAUCGUUUAAAAAGAUUGUUCAUAAAUGAACACAAGUUACACAAUAAUUUAAAUAUUAUCAAUUAUAAUUAACCUUUGGAAACUUACAAAAAUUCGAAGUAAUAAACAAAUUACAAAAUAAUCGUUCAAAAUAAAUUUUGACUCAUACAUUUUGUAUAAUUGGCAUACACACUCGGAUAUCCAGUUUGUUUAUACUAUAACGUUAUAAAUUCAUACCUAUUAUAUGAUGAAAAGUGAUAAUCUUAGAUGUGAAUUCGUAUAUAUUUACAUAUUUAUCGUGAACGAUAAUAAUCUAAUUAUUCUAUUAUGGAAAUAUGUUGCAAGAAAAUCCGAUUGGUUUAAGCUAUACGGUUAAUAUUAUAUACUUUUGUUAAAUAUUCAGCUAUUAAAAAAAAAAUACUGGUGUAUAGCCGUUUUACAUUAUGUAUUGUUUACUUCUCCUUGCUGUGACAAUUUUUGUAUCAUUGAAGAUGUGAUUUCAAUACUUGAAUUAGACGCCAAUUCAGUAGAAAAUACUAAAAAUUAUUCAUUUAAAAAAAAUUUAGUGUACAUAUCUUUCAAUAUUACAUUCCUUGCCGAUUCCAUUACUAAACUUGAAUCUCAAAACUGGCCCUGGGUUGAUUGCUGGGGUAUUGUCUAUGAUAAUAACUGAAAGAAGCCCCCGAGAAGGUCGAAAAUAAGUUAAGAAAAUAUUUUAAAAAAGUAUUUAGUAAAAAUCCCGGUUUAAAGAUAUGAUUCGAGCUAUUGUAAACAUUCACAAUGUAGAAAUGCACAAACUUUCUCGAAUUCAGUCUUAAAGAAUUAGGCACCUUUUUGCUCCUAUUACUUCUGUCGACGCGGAAUGGUCCUUUAGCUGCUAAAAAUACGUCUCAAUCGACGUCGAUUUACCUUUGUAAAUCUAAAAAGAUUACCCAUUGUUUUGUUGACUACGAGUAUCCUAUACUCAAAUGAAUAAAUAUGUGACUUGAAUAUAUAAUUUAAUUAUAAUAAUUUUAUGUAUAUUAUUUUAUAUUUAUAUGUACGUCUUAUUUUUAAAUUUAUAACAAGAAUUAUAACAUUUUUUUUUGUCUAUAAACCUUGUAUUUUGAAUUGCAUAUUUGUUAAAAAAUAAAUACAUAUACAUCAUGUACAUAUUUUUAAAUUUUAAAUAUACAUAAAUCCGCACCCAAUACUUAUAUGUUAUAAGUAAUAAAUUAUAUAAUAGUUUUUUUUAUCAUAUAACUUCGUACGGAUUUAACUGUUACAAUUCUCAAAUAACCACGGUCCUGGAUUUUUUAUUCCAUUCCGUCUCCACAACUCGCUAUAUUCCGUCCGUUCCUCAUAUAUUUGGCCUUCUUCCCUUUCUCAAUUACUGUUUUAUUGCUUGUUCCAUAUUUUUUUUCACGUUAUGCGAUUAUAGGUUUUGUAAAAAUACAAUUAAAAUCGUGGAAAUUCUUAAUCCACUGAAAGAGUUUUAAUUAUAUGGUUUCAGAUAUUGAGAUUUGUUCUCAAAUUAAAUGACUUGGUAUUUGUGUACGGUGAUAAUUAUUAUAAGCGUGUUAAAUAAUUUUUAUUAUAAAUUCAUUCUUUAUUCAAAUACUAACGUCCCACUAUUUGAAAUGUUUGCAGAACAUUUAGGCAAGCUUUGCGAAGAAGAAUUUCAACAAAAAAUAUUAGAAUGGCAACAAAAAGAGCAACAAAGAAAACAAAAAAUGGAGAAAAAGUUGAACAAGUUAAAACAGUCGGAAAAGAAAACGACUCCAGGUAAAUAUGUAAAAUUAGUUGUUAAAUUAAAUGGUUUAAUAAUAAUUAUGUGUUAUUAUUUUUUGCCCAAAUAUUUAAAUUUUGAAUGCGAUAAUUGUCACGAACGAAAAAAAAAAUUCUACCGACUUCAUUUGGGAGAGCUGUAGGUGUGAUGAAAACUAAAAAAAACUACUCUUUUUUCGCAACUACAUGGUUGAAAUUCAAUUGAAAUUUGAUCUCUUUGAUAAUCUCGCUUUAAUCUACUCUGAUUCCUGAGUUUUGAGCUCAUUUUAUUCAGAGGGAGCCUCUAAAAUUGCUAAAAUAUGUAUAAUGCUAUACAUAAUGUUUUAAACAUAAUACAAUACAAUAUAGUCUUCAUUUUCUGGGAUAGACGAUAAAGUUGAUUAAAAAUAAUAUUGUAUAUUCAUUACCUAUUAGUUUAGUAUAUAAGGAAUAAACGGUUUUUUUUUCGGGUUCAGACUUGAAUAAAUAAAAAAAUAAUCGAUGAAUUUAUUUCAACAACAAAUAAUAAAAUACUUAUUAUUUAACUGUAAUUACACAUUGGAAACUUGAAAAUUACUAUAACAAUUGAUUACUUUUUGUCAUUCAAAUUUAAUACGUUUUUAUCCAUAAUGUACCUGUGUAGGUAACAAAAGAAUACAUUAUAUUCCGUUGUUUACGCGUUUUUGAAGUUUUAUUUAUACUACUCUUGGCACGCAUAAAAUUAAUAGUAAAACGUAUACAUUAUGUAUACUCGAGUGCCUUACUCGACUUCUUUACGUGUUUUUAUGUGUCCCUAUACUUAAAAAACGAAUCGGCUCGGUGCUGCACGUUGUAGAGUAUAAUAUGAUAAUAUGAUACGAUUUUUAUUUGUAUAAUAAGAUUUUUUUUUUCCUCUUAGACGGAUAAACGCGUCGGGAGGGUGUUUUUUCGUAUUCGAUUAUAUUUAUUGCGUAGAUUGUAUUAUAUUUUUUUUCGCCGAGAAAACGCGUAAUAAAAUAUUUACUGCGGAGAUGAAACGAAAAAUUUAAAUAAUAAAAAUAAAAAUAAAAAAAAAAUCUAGACGGGAUGUUCGUGUAAAUAUCAGUCUCGGUCUCUUGGUCGGUUCGUCGUGUACAGAUUUAGCCGGAAACGUCGCUGCAGCAGCAGCAGUUUAUUGGAGCAUUCGGAAAAAAUAACGAGCUCAACGUAAAAGCAAUGACCGUUAAAAAAAAAAAAAGAAGAAAAGAAAAAAUAAAUAUACCUACGUAUAAUAAUAAUACAAUUUUUUUUUUCUAAAAGGGCGUAUCCCAUGGCAACGGACACGGUGAAAGGCGUUGCUAUAUAUUAUCGCGCUCGGGUAUCCAUGGCGACUGUAGGACUUAGGACAACUUUUGCCUCUGACAAUGGUGUCAGCGGUCCCCCGCAAUAUAUGAUUCUGUACUCGCCAUAUAAUACAGGGUGUAUUUGCAGGAUUUGACUAUUUUUCACGCAAGUAUACAUUACUCAUAACUAUACAUACUAUCGUAUAUUGUCCUUGGCAAUUUAAUUGGCCCUCUUUUUCUUUUUUUCUAAUCAUUUAAAUGCAGAAUUUUUAAAAAAUCUUUCGAAAAACGAAAUCAACAAAAUAAAUUAAAUUUAACGUGUCAUCCCUGCAGGCUCCAUGAUUAUAAUAUCACCAAUAUAAACCAUCAUCGUGGAUAUAUUAUGUUCAUACAUAUAAUUAUACGGCAUCUGUGUCACCGAGGUAAUCCAUAAAUCAACUAAACAUAAUUAGAUUUGUGUUCCAAAAUUGUCGAAAACUUUGUGUGAUCAACCGCCUUUGUAUAGGGAGUUGAAUUUCGGAAAUACGGCUUUCUGUAUGUAUACGUUCAGAUCUCUACUUACAAUAAAUACAGCUUUGGAUCGCACAUGAAAUUCCUUUUAUUAUCGUAUACUGAUUGCGGCAACUUAGCGUUUACUCGGUGAUUUAGUGUUUACUCGUAUUCAUAUAGCCAUGAAAAAUUAUUUAUUCAUUUUUUGAAAUAAAAACCAUUUUUUCAAGUUUUAUGAAAUUUUUAAUUAAAUUCAUAAAGUGUAAUAUUGGUAACCUUUACGUGAAACGUCAAAAUGAAUACUAUAAUUCGAUGAACUUUUUCAUCGUAGUGUACUACACAAUCGUAUAUAAUAUUGUUGAUUGUUUGAUUACCGUUCAUAUAUAGCUCCACUUAAAAUAUUUUACAUUUUACAUUACACGAUUGAUUUUAUUUAUGGUCUGAAAUACCAGAUUAUAAAAGAUCCAAUAUUGUAUAAAGAUUGUGCGACAAAAGAAAAGUCAAAUUAUACGAAAUAGUAGAAUUAGGCGUGUCCGGAUUAAGUGAAUGCAACCGAUUUUAUGGAUAAAAAAAAAAAAAAAAAAAACUGUGACCCCUGUGUGAGAUAGAGGCGAAAGAGAAGUGAAUUGUUAAAUAACAAAAUAGAUAAUAAAAAUUAAAUGACAUGGUUUAUCUGUUCUAUUUCACAAAGUGGGGGUAGCCGAACGGUCGGCAAAGAAAAAAAAUAACACGGUGAUGUCGAAUUUCGGUAACAGUUUCACGAAAAGACAUUGUACGCUGGUGAAAUUUUCACGAUUUUUUUUUAAAAAAAAAAGAAUACUGUAGUUUUCAUUUCGCAGUUCAAUUUCGCCGAGUGGAUGCGACAUAUUAUUGUUAUUGUACAGUAUACACUACACAAUAAAAUACGAAUUCGCAGGGAUCGUGCUUGUCCGAUUGUUGUAUUGAAAAGCGCCCGGGGAUGACGUCUCGCGAUGGCGGAAACUCGGCAAAUUAGACGGCUGCGCAGCGUGUUCGGAUCCCCUCGUGUUCCAUUACGCGAUGGCGGGAGAUUUUUCUCCGCGAUGCAUAUACAAGUCGCAUAUUAUUCAGCCUAAUGGGACCUUUAAUGCACGAGAGAAAACGCGCGUGCGACGUUUACAAAAUGGAACGUCUGAAAAUAUACGAAUGUAUAUUGAAGUGCACGCGUAGUGUAAAAUUGGGAGGCGAAUGUCUGCGGCGCAUCGGAGUUUUUCAAUAAUAAAGAUUUUAAAAGAAAAAAUCCACUUUUUAUAUAUACCUAUUUUUAUUGUUUUAUUUCCGUCAAUAGGGUUUUUGUUGUCUCCCACAUAAUACGUAUACUCUUUAGAGAUAAACUUCGGUAUUUAUUUUGACGUUUUGGAUAUAGUAUACGAUGUAUAAUAUUGUACAGUAUCUAUAACAUUUACCUAGUUGGACUAGAAUGAUUUUUUUUUUUUUAAGUAAAAUACGUUACGUGUGCAUAAUUUAUUUGAACAAUUUUUCAGUUUUGCUUUGAUACAUUUGCGUACGUUUUGUAUUAUUUAAAUAGAUGUCCCGGUAAUAGCACGUGUCGAGAAUUAUUGUCACUUUUAUUCUUAAAAUUAACCCAACCAAUGACGAAUUAGAGGACUCGUAGGAGGUUUUUUUUUAAAUAGGUGGAUGUUAGAUAUCUAAGUAUAGGAAGUAUUUAAUUGAAGUAGAAUAUGCAGUCGUUUAUGAAAAAGACUACAUAUUUAACAGUAAUAUUAUAUGUAAUAUAUAGCCACUGAACCCAACUACCUAUUCAAAUAUUCCAUUCAAUUUUGAAUUCUAUAAAAAAAAAAAAAAAGAAUUACGAAAAGAUUAAAAAUUAAAAAUAUUAUUAUUAUUAUUAUUUAUGUAAACAUUUUUGUGUUAUAGUUAACAAAAUAAAUUCUGUGAUUUGACAGUAGAAGUUGACAUACAUGUGUUAAACACAUAGUCCAUCUUUUAUAUUCGCUGUAUUCGAUACCUCCGACGAUUCUAAUUGGCUAUUUCGUUCGAUUAUUCACGAUAUUUUUAGCUCGAUUAAAAAAAAAAAAUAAUAAAACGUUUAAUAUAAUAUAGACACGUAUACUAUAUACAAUCCUACAAAAUAAUAUUAUGUUAAACGAACCUCGCGGACGCGUCAGACUAUACACAACGGUCGUAAGCGAUGAAUGGAAACCGUAUACUUGUUUAAAAUAUAUUGCAGAUUUCAUUCAUUGUGAAUCACUCUAAAAACUUUAUCGAUCCUAUUAUCGGUGGUUAUAAUGGUCAAACAAUUCAGUGUCUGUGGUCGAUUUUGAAAUUGAAGAUCUCCAGGAAAAUGUCGCAAGGCACGGCGCCGAAAAUGUUACACGGGCAUUUGGCCGAUGUCUGGUGGUUUAAAAAAAAAUAUAUAUAAUACAGACGGUGGGAUCCCGAUGAAUUUGGCUACCGGUUAAUGCGGGCAGCCGCCUAAUAUGAUGGGCAUAAUGGUCUGGUCCGGGUUCUAAGGUAUAUGCGUUACAGUGAAUGUUGUGAAAUCGGUUAACGUCGUUGUAAUUAUACUUUUUGUGUAUAAAACCCGAUUUCGUGCUGCUAGUUUUAACACUAAAUUGUGUGUGAGCCGUUUGUCGAACUCAAUGGUAAGAACAUCGUCAUUGUCUGUAUUCGAACGUUGGUUUUUUUUCUCGGUGUUUCAAUUUUCAAACGAGUCACAAACGUGUGAAAUAUUACGAUUCGAAAAUCGUCGAAUCCAGACGAUUAAAAAUUCUAUUAUCGAGAAAAAACCUACGUACAAACACAGACGACACAAUAUGCUCGCCGUUAAAUUAGGCAGCGGGCCUGCGACGCACUCCAACAACGAAUCAAAACGAACGGCGCGAAAUAGGUGCGAGUAUAAUUAUAACGACAUUGACCGUAACGUAGUAUCGUGUCGUAUUUUCGUCAUUUCGGUUAAGGGCCGGGUGACCGCUCAAUGUCGGCAAGUGUGACCGGUCCCGACGCGCCCACGUCAAGCGGAAUCCCUCGCUGUCCGCUAUGUACAUGUGUGUAUAUUUUUUUUAUUUUUUUUUUUUUCAAAUUUUUAUCGCUCGUCGUCGCGGUCGCGAGGCGGUUAACCAAUUCCGUUGUCGAGUGCUGCAGUAGGCAAUCCGUUCUAUUGUUUUCACUAUUAUUAUUGUACAACUCGUAUUACAAUAGUCGUACACGGUACUUUUAGUUCCGCGGCGCUCGCGACCCGCGCGAAACAAAACAAAAAAUAGAAAUGAAAAAAAAAGAAAGAAAAUACGCGAGUUAAUCGGCUUCUCGUCGCGUACAUGUGCGUAGGUCCAGAAAACCCCUUUCGUAGAGGUACGUACAUGUAUAAUAUUAUAAUAAUAUGUAAUUACAAUUUCUUUGACGCGCGAAACAAAAGGGACUCGAGCGAUUUUUUUUUUCUUUCUACAAAACACCUUGUGUACGCGGGACGGGCCGGGGCCCCGGCGUUUUCGACGUCGCUCCUCUCGACGCCGGUGAAAACGACGUUCGGCGUAUAAUAUACGCGUGUGCGCGGCUUAUUUAUCGUAUCCUUUCCUAUUGUACGCCGUACGCGAAUGCGUGUCGGACCGGCCGACCUUUAACAAUGGACCGCGCGCGCCGGGUGCCCCCGCGCAUUAUAUACAGCGCGCGCGCCGCCGUACCGGCUUACACGCGGCGGCGGCGGAGGAGGAGGACGCGCGGUCAAAUAUCCUCUCUCGCGCACGGCGCGGCGACGAAUGUAAUGCAAAAAAUGAACAAUAAAAAAAAAAAAAAUUCCGCCGCCCCGAUCGUUUCAUCCGAGCCCGGGUCGGACGGGAGUCUCUCUAAAACCGUGCGCGCGCCGCGAUGGGGGUGCGUCAUGUCGUUAUUACGCGCGUACACCUAUAACGUUCGUCGGCAAUCGUCCGUGUUCGCGUAACGCGCGCGUUUCGUGAUUGCGAUAUUGUCCGCAUUGGCGCGUGAACGUUUCAUAUAUUAUUCAUUUUGAUCGGAUUACCGCGUAGAGGCCGCGUCCUGUGUGUACGGGGCCCCGGGAACCGAAACGCUCGGGGUUGACUUUUCGACGUAUUAUACGUAUAUAUAUAUAUACGUAUAAUAACAAUGCGUAAUAUAUUAUAAACUCGGUGCGUUUCCGGCGCGUUAAAUCCGAUACGUAUUAUACGCGCACACCACACGAUACGAUACAAUACACAUAGCAGUCGCGAAAAGCUGGACGGUAUUAUCGAUACUGACGCGGAACCGAUUUCGCGCCGACGGGUUCUCAUUUAAUAUCGUGUAUAGAGCGCGCGGAAUAUAUUCAUUGGCCUGCCAUCGAAUUUAUAGGAAAGAACGCGAUUAUCUGUCCGCCAUAUGAUCGUCCGUCGGUUUUUUUCUCGAAAUUUUUAAUUUUCCGGGGAGACGCGUUAAUUUUAGAUUUCGAGUGGAGCGAAGAAACUUAUAGUUUUUACAAGGUUUUUUUUUAUUAUUUGUGUGCAACUUUUUUGAAAGAAAAACUAAAAAAAAAACCGUUAAAAUAUAUUACGGCGGCCUUCUUUUUUUUCUGUGCACAACUUUUCUACCAGCCAUUUCGCUCCAACUUUUAAUGAUAGCGAUGUUUCUAAAAAGAAAUUUUACUAGCGAGGUACUUUAGAGAGGUCCUUUUACGAAUUACUCCGGAGUUUCCUCAGCAAAUGUGAAAUGCUGGGAAAAAACAUAGGAAAACCGGGGUAACCGGUACAACAUUAAACAAAUAUUAUUAAAGAAAAUAUAUAGAGCCUAUUUAAUUAUUUUACUAUAAAAUGCCAUAUAUAUUGUUGACAAAGCAUCACUAUCAACUGAACUCCACUUAGAAUCGUUUUUCCGUAAGCAAUGGCUUAUUGUUGCUUACAGGUAUACAUUAAAUUAUCUAUAACAGUGGCUACACCCGUCCCUAUUACCCUAGGAAGUCUUUUUUUUAAAUUUUAAUAUUUCACGUAAUCGUGUGAUAUCUCGCUUGAAAAAAACACAAAACUUACGAUCACGAUCUUAUACUUUUGAGUUUGAUAAUGGGCCAAUUCGCUUCAGUAUCGAAACUAAAGUCCCAUCGAAAACUUAACAGCGUUUAUUUUGAAUAAUUAUACAUAAUCAAUAUAAUAUUCUAUACCCUGUUUCAAAAGAGAACAGACCGCUUUCGCGACCAGUUUUCGUGGCAUACCCAUCGGGUAGGAGGCACCGGUCACGAACAUAAACAUGUUAAGAAAUGGCACGUCUAACAUGUCUAUGGCCGUGUUACCUGGUGGAUACGCGCACCGCCGAACGAAAACUGGUCGCGAAAACGGUCUGUUCUCUUUUGAAACAGAGUACAGUAUAAUAUUGUUGCGAAAUACUGUAAUGCAAUAGUCUCUCCGAGGCCGACAUUUCGGAUCGAUACGAACGGCUUCAGCCGACUUGUAUAGCAAAAUUGAAGUUUUUAAAAUACGCUAAAUUUUAGAAAUAAGACUUUUUUUUUUAAACGCCUUAUCGUAACGCAACCGACCUGCGGCGCGUAUGGCCAAAUAAUGUUAUUUAGCUAUAUAGUAAUAACCGGCCGAGAUGCCAAUCGUCGUCGAAAAUAUAAGCGACAACGGAAACACUCCUCACUAAUUCCGCGUGAAAAACCGGCUAAACGAAUAUUCGCCUCUAAAAUGCGCGAUAUAUUUUCGGCUUAGUUUUAUAUUUCGCAAUCGUGUGCGAGUAUCCGAAUCGAAUAGCCUUUUUGAAUGUUCGGUUCGCAAUUGGACAUUUGCAUUGCGGCGAAUUUCGGAAGUUAGUUUAUAAUAUACAAACUGGCAAUCCAAAUUCAAGUUCACGAAAAUUUAUUGUCGUGCGCGUUUCGCGAAAUCACGCAAACAAUAUAAUAAUAUUUAUAUACAUAGACAAUAAACGAGUCGUACUGUGGAUUUUCGGUGGACACUCCGAUACGACAUCGAAACGAGAUGAGUCGUUUCAAAAAUCGACUUUGCGGUCGAAAAACUCCCGACUUUGUAUUCCACGUUGUUACAUACCAAUAGUAAAUAAUUUAUAUAUUGCUUGCGUGCGUGUGUGUAUUUAUUAUUCGUACGCAAAAGGUCACACGGACAUGGACUGCUGGAGACGGCUUUUUCUCUCAUGUCCCUCGCGGAACAUUUCGUUUAAAAUGUAUUAUAUACAUUGUAUGACGACCGAGCGCAGUGUAUACAGGGCGAUUCGUCUAUCGCGAGCGUAGAAUUCGCGUAAAUUUUAUUUCCGGGCUAUUAUAUCGGACAUGAUGAAAUCGUUACGAAACGUUCAAAACGUCACCCUCAUUCCGUAGUGUACAAUAGUACCCUGUAAACACGUAUCGAUUCGCAACCCUGCACAUUUUUAUAAUAAACGCCCGUUCGAAUAGGGAAUAUUUCGUAUCCGUAAUAUAUACGACUAAUGUCGGGAAUUUGCCGUUUACGACUUAAAAACAGUUUGAAAUGUAAGCCGGGAGAGUUGAGAUAGUUUAUUUGGGUAUACAAAUUUGACUGCCCUUCGCUAUAGGUAUCACUCCUGUUUAAAUUUUCGACUGUUAGAUGACACAUUAACACCCAAACAUAGUGUGCGAUUUUUUUUUUUUUUUUUUAUACCAUAUAUGGCUCUAACAAGUACAUAAAUAUCAAUAUUAAUCGAAACGCUCGAUUAAAAUCAAAGUAAAUCGAAUAUAAGUAUCCGAUAAAUUAUGCUGACAAUAUUACAGCGGGUAUCGACAAUUUUAGAAAAAAAUAUCCUUAUUUAAAACAAGCUCUAUAACGUCUAUAGAACGGGGAUAAUUUGUUGAAAAUAUAUCGCGAACAAUGAAAAUUUCGCGUGCUUAUCUGCGGUGACUGAAAAAAACCAAAGUCAGAUUUUCUCGAAAUCGUAUAUCUUAUACCGUAUACCGUAUAUCGUAUACCGAUCGCCUCGUACUCGUAAUACGCUGGAGAAACGCCCGAUAUAAUACGGAGUGUUUCACGAUAAUGUACCCGAUGUAUGUAUACAAAUGAUAUUAUAUUAUACGAUACAAUAUCCGGUUGUGAUGUCGUACGUGAUCUACCAUUUUCGUUUUUCAACAGUACGCAAUAAUCUACCCGAAAACGGUUACGAAUUACUUUGUUUUUAUAAAUUAUUUGCUAUCGUAUACCUAUAUUUAUCAUCGAAUACUAUUCGUAUAGUCACUAUAGUAAAUAAUUAACGAGUUUGCGUAUUGUUAGGUCAACCUAUCGCUUAAGCUAAUAAAAAUGUCUGCAAGGAUCACGACUCGUUAUCGUUUGUAAAACGGGUAUCGCUUCGCGGGACACCCUGUACACGCUGUACACGAGAUAUGCUCGCAGCGGCACAGAUAGCUGCGAGUGACGAGAGCGCGAGAACAGAGAGGUCCCGAGAGAGAGAGAGAGAGAGAGAGAAAGAGAGACAGACACAGAGACAGAGAGAGAAAGUGAAAAAGCACCUCGACCGGGACAGCGAGUGGCAAAGAGCGAUUUAUAUUUCAAGUGUGAAACGCGCCGCGGCGGCGUAUCCCUUGGCAACGUGACGGCGGUGGCGGUAGAUGGGUGUACGCACAAAUACAUAUAGAAAGAGAGAGAGCGUGAGAGAGAGAGAGAGAGAGAGAGAGACUGACUCGCAACGGCGACGGCGGACGUGUCGUCGUCGGCCGCGGCGGCGGCGUCCAAUAAAAACGCGCCGGGCCGGACGCGCGCGGAAGUCCGGCAGCGCCGCCGUGCAGACGACGGCACAUAAAAUGGCCGGCGAUCAAUGAUCGCCGCCUCGCCCCCUCGCAGCGAUCGACCCCCUCCCCCCGUCCAUCCCGUCACCCCGCGGCGUUCACCCUCUCUUCGCACCCCUUUCCGUCGACUGGAAGCGGUCGACGAACGGUGUCGCGCGCGUGACUCUGUACACGCGGACGACCGAAUCCGCGAAGCUUUUCUCGAUUUCGCUCUGCAACACGUCAUCGCCGACCAGACGAGACGACGCGAUAUUUUAACCGGCAUAAAGCUGCAGUACCUCCGAUACAAUAAUUGUAUCGCGAUACAGUUCUACGGAAGUCUCGAACAUAAUGUGUAUCGCGGUACACUGAAAUCAAUGUCUCUAUUGUACCAAGUAUUUAGAUAUUCGUUUUGAAUUAUCUCGCCCGGGCUGAAGAUAGUGGGGGGGGGGGGUAAGCGGAAUCAUUUUCUCGCCCGGUUUUUCGAAAAAAAAAAAAAAAUUAGAAAUUGAAAGUGAUUGUACGAAAAAUGGAGGAAUUGUCGGAAUUAUGUUUCUAAUAAAUAAAAAUCUCGUAUUUUUUCUUGUAAUAAUAAUAUUUCUAUUUUCAACAAUAAGUAACAUUAUAUAUCAGAUAGAAUUUAAAUAGUUGGUUAAUUUCUUAACCCAUCGGGUUGUGCCAAAGAUAAGAGUGCCAUUAAUUAGUAUAAAUUAAAAUUAUUAUAACAAUUAAAAUAAUGACUAUAAAUUAUAGCAUUAAUAAUUUACAGUAAAAAAAUAUAUAGUAAACAGAACAGUAUAUAAAUUAAAAACCAAAGAUAAUAUAAAAAUAACAUAAUUAGAUUAAUUGAACUAGUUCACAUUUAAAUUUUCUAAAGUUAUUAAAAUAACUUAUGUUUAUUCCGGAUUCAAUACAGAACCUAACAAAACCGUAAUAUAGUACAUCCUGUUCAAAAACAGUAGUUCUCAACCUAGGUCGAACUAAAUUAAUAUUUCUCCUAAAACGUGUCUUAUACCUAAUUAUUAUGAUCAGAUUAUGUCUCGGUAUUAUUAUUUUAUCAACAAAUUGUUUUACGAACAUGCAGGAUAUAAUUUGAUUUUAAGUUGUAAAUGUUCAGCUCUUCAAAAUAAUAUUAUAUUAUUGGCUUGGAAAACAUAUAUUAUGAUAAUAGAAUCUCAGAUAGAAGACAAGGUAGCUUGUACAAUAAUACUAGCUACAAACAUUAAAAAAAAAAAUAUCGGCAAAAAGAAAUUUUUUCGGUGACGAUACAUACAAAAUAAAACCAGCUGUUUAGCCUAACAAGAAAAAACUGAUUUGCUAGCAACAAAUUAAAUGCGUGUGUUUGUACAGAUUAACGAAUAUGAUAUUUAUUUUUUCGUCCUAUCCAUAUCACACCCAGUUAACGUGAAUUUUUAGUCGAUAAACGAGGCCGAAUGUUUGCGCUAUGUACACCGAAAUUUGAAUAUGUUUUAAUAUAUGCUCAAUAUAGUAAACUCGACGUUUAUUUUAUACAAUAUAUAAGCCGUCGUUCCACGGCUUUGACCAUGGAAACAAUACUCUAUAAUAAUAAUUAAAAUAUAAGAACGAAAAUAGAUAAUUCUUUUCCGUGCGAACAAUUUAUUCGUAUUUUUACACAAUUGUCGUUACUUUUCGGUAUGCGUAUAAACUAUUACAGUACACUUUUACGUUAAACGAUAAUUAUUUGCAACGGAUUUUUGUUUUGUUGAUCUUUUUCUGAGUUGAUGAUAUACCUAUUAAUGCGUACUAAUUUAUUAUGUAAAUCCGCGGUAUAAAAACAUCGAAAUAAAUUAUUGUAUUUCGUUAUGCGGGAAAACGAGUAUACUUACCUAUAUAAUAUAUGAAUAUUCAUAUUUUAUACACAAUACAACCCUUGUCUCUCUUUAUAAUAUUAUAAGAGCUGCCUACAAACAAAACUCGUAAUUCAAAGGCCACAUAUCUACCUAUACGUAUAACCGGCUGAACAUUUAUAAUCUCUGCGAGUCAUUAAAAACUUAAUGUGUGUGUGUGUGUGCGUGCGUGUGCGCGCACGUACGCGCGCGGAGGAAAUUAACUUCUAAAACACUCGAGUCGUUUAAAAUAAUUCGAGUUUAUUCUCGGAAAUUCGUCAAACACUUAAACGUAGCAUAAUAUGCGUAAAUACACGUUACGCCGAUUAAAUUAUAAUAAUCGUAGACGCGAAAUUUCCACAGAAUACGUAUACAUAUUAGCCACGGUGGUAUUAAUGUGGUAAAAUUUACAAAACAUUCUGGCGAUUAUUGAACUAUAUGAAGUCUUAUGAAAUUUUUUGGUUUUUUUUUUGUUUUGAAUUUUAUAUUUGGUGUUAUAUGGCGCAAAAAUUAUUUCGGCCCAGGCAAAAUGUUUGAAAAUUUAACAAGAGGUCCGUCAUAAGUUGCACUUGACAAUAAAAAAAAUAAAUCGAGCGUAGUUAUUUAAUUUCAAAUUCCGACGUGUUUCGUUAGCUAACGGUUAGGGUUAUCGUACCGUAUGGAUAUAGGUAAAAAACUAUCCAACCUUUCCAAAUUCUCGCCUACAACAGCGGUACGCUCAUCGGCUAUUUUUUCAUACAUCUUUGAAUAUUUGAUUUUACAUAUUGUAUACUAGUACAUAUUGUAUUGUUUACUAAACGGCUGUCGAUGACAAUGUGGAAAUAUUACUAAAAACGAAGUAUUACGGCCUGAGGUACCUACUAUGCACCUCAAGCCGUUAUUAUAAUACACUGUAAAAGGGAUAAAAAAUGAAAACUCUAUAGGUAAUAUUUAUUAUUGGUCGUAGCGAAGAAGAGUGUGCGACACACACAUAAUACAUUUUGCCGUCGUGUCGUCUCCGCUCGUCUUUGUUUGUGAAGCGAACGCGGAAAAAAAAUAAAUAUACGAGAGAAAAUUCUUAUAACAACUCCUAUCGUCGUUGUGCGGGGCAAAAUAUAUCCUCCCUGGGGGGCUUUUCACAAAAGGAUUUUAUGUAUUAUACGCGGAGCACUUCGCGCGCGCGCGCUCGCGUUUUUGUCAUUAUUAAAAAUAAAUGGGGAACGAAAACGCGAUUAAUAAUAUCCCCGCGGGCUUCUGCAGUACAUUAUGAUGAUGGCGUGUAUAUAUAUACAGAAUAUCCGUUCUCGUUGCAGAAGAUAAGCUCUCGCGAAUCCGUUUACAAACAAACGAAAAGUCGGCUAUCGUCGUCAGACGUCUCCUCCCACGCACAUCACCCAGCACGCACCCUUUCGCCCGGCACAUUCAAUUAUAAAACCGGACGUCUUAGCAUUUUUGAAUAUAUGUAUACACGUGUCCUAUCUAUCGUUGCAUUAUUUCACGUUUUUAUACUGUUUUCGUGUUAUUUUUAUUUUAGAUUCCGAGCUGAACGAGGAAUUCAUUGGUUUUGCAAUGAUGUUUAUUUUUUUUUAUACGUGUACAACUUUUUUGACUGAAAGCUCACCUCGAUUUACAAGUGUAGCACUUUUUUUGAAAGAAAAUCUGAUUGGGGUGGUACUUUAAGGAGGUCAUCUUUUGUUUUUCCCAGUAAAUGGGAAAAACGGGAAAAUAGGUACAAUAUUAAACAAAGAAUUGAAGAAAAUAUAUAAUGCAUAUGUAAUUUAUUUUACCAUAAAAUGACGUAUAUAUUAAAUAUUGACAAAGAAAGAAUUACUAGCAACCGAACUCCGUUCAGAAUCGUUUUUUCGUUAGCAAUGGCUAAUCGUUGCUUACAGAUAUGCAUUAAAUUAUAUAAAACAGUGGCUGCACUCGUCCCUAUUAUCCUAGAACAGUUUUUUUUUUUUUUUUAAUUUUUUUUUUUCUUUUACAGAAAUACCCGUUUCACCGGUUAAAAAUAAAGGACGGUCAACGAAGCCUGCAGCGGGUACCGUCAUCACCAUUCGCAGCGAUGACGAUGACACUGACGAUGAAAUGUCCGUGUUUAAACAGCCCGGGAAGAAGAGAAAAAUGAACAAGGUCAGCAAUAAUAAUAAAUGUGAUAAUGUGAGCCUGGCACUAUGUACAUUGUUGUUUUCUUUUUUUAGCAGACUCUAUAUCAAUGUAUUCCAGGAACGCAUAAUAGCGAGUUUCCAUUUUCUAUACAAAUAUAUUUUAAUCACUAUAAAUUGCGGUUAAAAGGCGUUUUUCAUCUCAUUUUUAACUGUUUGUUUGCAAUUUUUAAAUCCUGACCCUUAUUAGUGAUAAAAUUAUAUAUUUUAUAAUUAAAAUUCUAUCUGUCUGUAAGCUAUAUGAAUCUACAGUUUUAUUCCGAUCUUGAUGAAACUUUGUGCAUUUGAAAUUUUAAACAAGAACAAAGUCGGUGGCUAACACAGGGUUUUUGGUAUUUUUAGAAUGAAAAUCGCUUUUUUUUUUUUUUACAUUAAUGGGUAAAAAAAGAGUUAUAAUUAUUUAAUCGAAUCGUCACAGACAAGAAAGUAACCAUUUUAAAAGAUAAAUUAACGGGAAAUAAAGAUUAACUAUGACAGGUAUUAUAAACGAGAGAACGCGUAAACACGUUAAAUUACAUUUAUUUUAUUGAUUUCUGUUUUUGAACGGAUUGAACCUGGGAAAUACUGGGAUAUUUAGUUAGCAUACAAUAUUUAGAACUGCUAAAAUGGAUUUCCGUUAUAUGAUUUUUUUUUUUCCCCCGUUAUAAUGUAGGACGUGUCUAAUGACAAGAUGAUGUUCAACGAUGACUCAAUAAUGACCGACGAUUCCAGUUUUAAUAACAGUAGUUUGAUAACGGACGACGAAGAGAACGAGAGCAACGAUUCGAACAUCAUGAAAAGUGAAAUUAUUCCGUUGCCAAAAAAACCGAAGUGAGAUACGAUCGUGUAACACCAUUUUAUCAUACACAUUGAAAUGUUUAAAAUGGCUAGUAUUAAAUUUAAAUUUUGCAAACCUUUAUGACUAAAACUUUUAAAAAACUAGCUAAAACUACGUACUAAUUUUAAUUUAACCGACGUUUUAUUUCACAUGUUGAAAUUGAAGCAAUCUUUAUUACCUACGUACAAAAACUGCGCACUGACUUAGAUAGACUAAAAUAUAAAUUAUAUUCAAUGAUUAAAGAUCAACUAACUGCAACGACCAAGACACUGUUGAUGUGCAUUAACAAUUCAAGAUACUAGGCCCACUAUGGCACUGAAUUGUAUUGCAGAUGUAAUUAUUGCAAUUUGAAAAGAAUAAUUAAUUAUUUAUGUGUGGGCACAUCUCCAACUUUUUGAUUAAGAUGAUGUCAUGACCGUUUGUGUAGUCUCCACCUUACUAACUUACGAUAUAGCAAAAUUACGUUACUCAGAAGAUAAAUUGUGACGUUUAGACUAAAAUUGAAGUUUUAUCACAAAUAACAAAAUUUAAAGAAUUAAAGCUAUUUAAAAAAAUGUAAAAACAUGGCCGUAACUUUUUUAGCUGACAAUUUUUUAUAAAAAAGCUCGUGUAGCCCAUGAAAAUAUUCUUCUCUUUUAAUUUCAUUGUUUGCAUUAAAAUUCAAAUUUAAACCUAAAAAACACAAUUUAUGUUCUAAAUAUAUGAGAAAAAGCAUUACAAAUGAAUAGAUUUGGCAUUUAAUACAAAGGAUUUGAUUUUGAUUGUUUUUUUUUUGUAGGAUCGUUGUUCCCAAAAUUUAUUUUUGUACAAGAACUCAUAAACAAAUCGAUCAAGUCAUUAAAGAAUUGCAAAGGACCAAUUACGACGACGUCAAGUGAGUUUUUUAAAGGAAUACAACUAUACAAAAUAAAAUACACGAUGUGGUGGAUCUGAAGUUCGUUUAAAUGAGCUAAGGAGGUUUAAAAUUUAAUUAAUUCAAGGCUUCUAACAGUGUUAUCCUUAUGCUAAUAAUUCUGUCAAUAUUCAUAUUUUUUAUCAAUUGGGUUUUGUGUAAGGAGGAUACAUAUAGAGAAAAAUCAAAAUUUUAAUUUUCGUUCCUUAAUUAUUAAAAAAAUAACAACUUUAUUUUAUCACUUCAAAAUAUUCAAAAUAGCCAUUAUGUAAAAAAUACUAUUCUAAACAUUUUGAUGUUAAAUACGUUUAUAUCCAAUCAAUAAUUUUUCAGUAAUAGCUGUUCUAAUUUCCAUAAAAUUGGUUUGAAAACAAUUUUCAGUAGAAUAACACAUUAAUGUUUCACAAGCAGCACGGUGUAAUUUCUUACCUUCUAUUGAAUAAUAUAUUUUACAAAAUGGCUAUUUUGAACAUUUUAAACAUUAGAAAAGUUAUUAUUUCAGUGAUUCAGGGAUGAAAAUAAAAAUUUAAUUUCUCCCUGCACAUGCGUCCCCCUAACACACAACCCGAUUGAAAAAUAAAUGAAUAUUGACAGAGUUAUUAGUAUAAGGAUAACACUGUAGGACACCCUGUAUGUAGGUAUUGCAUUACUUUCAUAUUUGUUCGGCUUCGGUGACACACAUAUAAUUUAAGUAACAAUUUUUAAAAAAAUGUAGUUCAAAGAGGGGAUGUGUCGUUCGCCACGUUAUUACCCUUCCCCUUAAAAUCUAGCAAUUGAAUACACGUCAGUGAACUAAUAAUUUGUAUAAUAUACAAUACCUUAUAUAAUAAAUGAUAGGAGUUGUGUUUUGGCGAGUCGCGAACACACGUGCAUACAAGAUUCCAGAAUCCUCUAUCCCGACAUAACGUACAAAUCGAAAACCGAACUGUGCAAAGAUCUAAUGGAUCCGAAAGCGGUAAGUAUAUACAUUCUGUUAAUAAUAACAUUUCGCUACGGAUCAAUCUCUAUUGAAAUGUGUUUUUAUUUCCCCGUCGAUACAUCAUGUUGUUUUGUAUACUCACAUAUAAUACAAUACACAAACGCAUUAUACACACAGUCGGAAUCGAAACGAAACCCGAACCCGUAAUUAUUAUUGUUACUGCGGGCUUAACAAAACAUUUGAUACUGAUGUAUGCACAUUGAAUACCUUUUGGCCGGGCAUUGUCAAAAUGAAUGCACUGCACGGUUAGGUAAUAUAUAUAUUAUUUUUUUUUUUGUUUACGCUUGAACGUGCGCAAUAGAUUGUGACGUAUCGCAUUACUUUGGGAACGCGAAAUAAAAAUUUUGUUGCAUACCUAUGUACAAUAAUUAGCGGAGUUUUUUUUUAAUUUAACAAUCAACACAAAACUACGCGUGAUCAAUAGAUUAUAAUUUAUAACGUAAGGCAAUAUAGGCAAUCUGCAAUAAUUCGGAAAGUAUUAACUUUUUCAGAAUCAUUUUUUCUUUGUGAAAUUUGAGAAACAAGCAGUUCUAAUACGUUGCAGUAGGUACCGUUAUUUUUUGUCAUUCUUAUGUUUAAGGGUGAAAUUACUACGCGUUCUUUGGUUUGAACAUGUUAUCAUAUUUUAUGUUUCAAAAACAAACAUUAACAAAACUAUUUUAAAAAUAAUUUUUACAUUUACAAAAUUUACUUCCGAUGAUCCAUUUUUGAUAUUAUAUGUAUAUUAAAUAUUAUGUAUACCUCUUUCAAAUAUACGAUUUAAAACACAAAACUAGGAAGCGUUUGGUAGUAACUAAAGUAGCGUCGAACAAUCGAUAUUUGAUGAUAAAAACUUAAAGGCGACAAAAAAAAAAAAUGGGUUAUGUAACGUUUAAAGGUGCUUAUUUUGUCUUAAAUUUUCCAAAAAAAGUUAUUAAUACUUUCGACAUUUUGGAUAAGAUAAUAGAUUUUACAUUAUAUUCAUGUGUAUCUAUAUAAUUUUUAUGAAACACGAACAUAAUAUAUUUUAUCGGAUAUCGUAAUAUUAAUUAUUAGUUUAGGGAUUAGAAACUGUAUUCUUAAUUUUUUUAAAUUUGAAAAAUUGUAUUGCCUUAUAAUGAUCACCUUAAGGAUAAGACUUUUCCACUAAUCUACUGUCCGAUACCCAUUUGAGUGAAGCCGGUUUUACUGACGAAUACGACGAUUUAGACCAAAUAGCCUGGAGUAAAAUUGACCCACUAUCGCUCGCCCAAUUUUAAUUUUGAAAAGAUAUUUGAAUUCUUUGAUUUCUUGUUUAUGUUUUGUAGGAAACAUCGUUCGUUAUUUUAUUACAUUUUUUUUUUUUAGUUAAUUUAGUUAAAAUACAUAAUAAAUUUACCUUUAGUUCUUAAAAUAAACUUUUACUUAAAAGAAUCAUGAAAAAAAAAGAAUUUGUAGGUAAAUCAUUAUUGAAAGCAAAAAUUGGAUUACUUGAAGUAUGUUUGUUUUAUCCAGUUUACUGGUUUAAAUGUAUGAAAAAAUGAAUCACUUUCAAUCGCCUUAACUGGACUAUUAUUGAAUUAUUAUAUUACACUAUUGGUGCUCUGUAAAGAAUGUUCAAAGAAAAUAUUAAUAAACAUAAAAUUAAAUUAUUUAUGUGAUUGUAUAUAGAGACAAAGAAAUUCACUAAAGUUUAGGAGGGACAUCGAGAAAUGCAGCUAUUACGAUAACGGUGGUGUGAAAAUUAGUACAUACGGUCUUUUGAACAAAAGCGGUGUGGGAUCUGUUUGGGACAUUGAAGAAAUCGUACGUUUGGGCAAGUCAAAAGGUUCGUGUCCGUACUACGGUUCGCGAAAUUUGAGCAAAAAUGCCGAUAUCGUAUUUUGUCCUUACAAUUACAUCAUCGAUCCGGUCAUCCGAGGCACGGUAAUUGAAGUUCAUAGUGUUUCUAUACCCUAUUGAAAUGAUACGGAAUCUCGAUUCCAAGUUUAUAUUUUACUUUAUACCUAUAAGCUUAAUUAGGUUUUUUUUCUUUCCAAGAUGAACAUGAAUUUAAAAGGGCACGUCAUUAUCGUCGACGAAGCUCACAAUAUCGAGGACCAAUGUCGCGACGCCGCGAGUUUGCAAUUGGAUCAGACGAAUUUGAAUCUGGCCAAAAUGGACUGUGAAAAAUUGUCCAAAUAUGGCCAUAACUCUGUCGUCUAUGGAGCGCUAGUAAGUUGUGUCAUGCAAUUGUGUUAUAAACCGUCGUUACAGGUGGUGUGUAAUAUUAUUAUUAAUUGUGAUUUCAGGCUAGUUAUCUGUCUGAAUUGUCUAAAUGGAUAGAUCAAAAGUCUAAUGACAUUAAAUCGUACGAUGAUUACGAUCGUGGUGCCAUUUCAUGGUCCGGUACACUUACCAUAGCCAGUCUUACCGAACACGGUAUCGGUUUGAAAGCUUUUGAAAAAUUCAAAGUACGUAUAACGUAAUGUAUAUAAUGUCUUAUUGGAAUUUUCGACACAUCGCUUUCAGUUACUAUUAAUUUUGUAUUUUUCUAUACGUUUUUAUUUCUUUAAGGUAUAUUGUGAAAUGGUGUGCGACGAUCAAAACGAAGAAAAGGAACCCGAUGAAAAAUCUGAAGAAAAUAAUUUAAGAGUACUACAAAUGGACGACCCUGACGAAAGUGACUUAUCUCAGUUGUCCAGAAAAGAUAACACCGAUGAAACCCCAAACUCUAAUAUAUCACAUGAUAUGGCUAUUACAAACGCGACUAAAACACUACUGACGUCAAUUUGUGCGGUUUUCUGUUUGUUUUUCAACGACAGCUACAAAAACGAUUAUCACGUUUCACUGGAGAAAGUGAUGCAACUAAAACAAUACGAGCACGGAUCACGAGCAGUAAGUUUUUAAAAAUUAUAGAAAUACUAAUUUCUUCAAUAUUAUUAACAAUCUCUGUUUACUAAGUCUAAGUCUGACGUUGUAGUAUGGCAUACAUAACCUUGAGAAAGAUCACAUUAGAGGACAAAUUGUAUUCCUUUCCUUUGCAGUGUAUUAUCACAAAGUGAUAAUGUACCUACCCAUGAUUCUAAAAAAUAAGCAAUCUUCUUAAAAUUCACUCUCUUUAUAUCGUGCGUUACUUUUAACAACGUCCUAUCUUCCCUCCUUAUUAGUACGUUAGAUGUUCUUGAACUAUUGACUAUUUGAAAUCUAUACUCGUAAAACACGAAACCCAGUUCAAUUUUAUGUUCCUUAUCAUAUUACAUCCUACAGUUCGAAUCAUCGUCUUCAUAGUGCUAAUAAUAUUGUACCCUAUCCAUAGUUUAGUCCUUGUUUGCUUUAAUGUUUUGUACUUCAUACUGUUUAGAUAUAAUUUGUAUAUUUUAACUAUAAUUUAUUAUAAUAAUAAAAUAUUGUAUGUUUAUUUUUCAAUUACCAAUUGAUGUUAAACAUAAUAAAUAAAUAAUUACAAUUUUCUAACUCCUUCCGUUCGUUUAUAAAAUGUUGGCACGAGUUUAAUAUGUUUGAUAUAUUAUUUGUUUUUAAAUUUGGAAUUCGAUAAAAUUAAUAUUUUUUUUGGCUGAUAAACCUUUGAAUUGUAUUGCAGACGAUAAGUCUUGACGGAUGGAUCAAUGCUUCUACUGAGCCUAAGGACACUCGCCCAGUAUGGAAAAACAUUGUCAGCUUCUUAUGUCUGAAUCCGGCUGCCAUGUUUCGCGAACUUCAGGAGAACGCCCGGAGUAUAAUCCUUACUUCAGGUACCCUUUCGCCGAUGCAGUCGUUCCAAUCUGAACUCGGCACCCAAUUUCCUAUCUCGCUGGAGGCCGGCCACGUCAUCAAACCGAAUCAAUGUUGGGUGACGUCAGUUGGUAAUGGGCCGGUAGGGAUCGAUCUCAAUAGCCAGUACACGAAUGUUAAUACGUACAAUUAUCAAGACGAAAUGGGCCGGGUACUGCUGAACGUAUGCGAAACUGUACCAUACGGGGUGUUGUGUUUUAUGCCAUCCUACAUGAUGAUGGACAAACUGUACGCUCGUUGGCAAAUCACUGGGCUCCUAAAAGAACUGGACCAACUCAAAGUGGUCAUGUGUGAACCACGACGCGCUGACCAGCUAGAGGAAUCAAUGGAAAAAUAUUAUGGUGCCAUUCGAAAAGCUUUAGAGCCCAAAAGCAAAGGCCGGACUGGAGCAUUGUUUUUGGCUGUUUAUCGCGGUAAAAUCAGUGAAGGGUUGGAUUUCUCAGACAACAACGCUCGCGCAGUUGUAGCUGUAAGUGAAAUCUGGUCAGAGAAAAUGUACAAUGCUCGGGCAUUUAUUUUAUAUGAUUAGGUAUAAUAUUUUUGUAUUGAUGUUUGUUUUCAGGUCGGUAUACCAUUCCCAAAUUACAAGGAUGUGUCCGUUACCCAUAAAAAAAAUUACAACCAGAGACUGCAUAAAGACAAAGGGUUGUUGCCCGGCUGGGAAUGGUAUCAGAUACAAGCUUACAGGGCAUUGAACCAAGCGCUUGGCCGGUGCAUAAGGCACAGGAACGAUUGGGGUGCAAUUCUGUUAGUAGAUAGCAGAUUCAUGCAGACAAAAAACCUAUCUGGACUAUCAAAAUGGAUAAGAGGAAGGGUAUGUAUAGAUGAAUUAUUAAAUUUGUUUGAUAAAAAUAUUGCUUAAAAUGAUGGUUGUUUUUAUGUUUCAGGUUGAACACAACAAUUCUUGGUCGUCAACCAUUACCAAACUCAAAAGUUUUAUAGAAACCAGACAGCAAGAAGACUUAAACACAAAUUAAUCAUUACUAUAAUAAUUAUAAGAUAACUUAUGGGC